GAGAGAGAGAGAGAGCUAGCUUGUCGCCAUUACUGCCUGUUUCUGUGGAGUUGUUCCUGCUGCUGCUGCUGAGGGGAGGAGGAGGAGGAGGAGGGAGCCGAGAGAGAGACGCAGGUUUCGGCUUACAGCACAUACCACACUACCGAGAGCAAAAGACGGUAAAAUACGGACGAACCGGCCGACUGGAACCCCGGGGGAGUUCACCUUCAGCCCGAACCAAGUCUGGAUUUAGUCGGAGGACUGCUCUGAGCUCAGAUUGUGGAUUGUACAGGGAGUUUUUUCCUCGUAAUGUGGGAAUGCUUUCUCCUCUUUUCCGUGGUAUGUGGAUCUGGGAGCGACCAUGUUAAUAGGUGGGUAGGGGAAUGUAUUCGGACUGGGAUUGGGACUUCAUUAGCUGUAGAUAGGACUCUUUUUGUACUGCUGAAACCUAACCUCAUGAGAGCUCUAUCUUAGAUUAAUGAAAACUGUCCGGACAGUGAGAGUUUAAUCUCUAAACGGAGCUAAUAAUGAGGUUUUAAACGUUAGCCCGGGGUUCGCUGCUGCUAACGCUAGCUGGCUAACUCUCCUCACCCUCUUGGCAUGCGAUGCUAACAGAGCUCGGCUAAUGUUAGCUAAACGGGAUUUUUAAAGGUGGAUCUUUUUCCGCCUGUUAGUAUGAGGGCCGAACCAGGCCGAGCCGGGGUUCGUCUCCUCCUCCUCCUCCCCGGAGGGAUGAUCAAACCGCCGGAUCGGAUCGUGUGGUCGCGGCUGUUAGCCUCGGAGCGUUGACGCAUUAACGUGAACGUCUGUCGGUUUAAUCCGAACCUUUAACAACUCGGUACCGUCCACUCCCAGAACUCACUCUCUUCACCCGGUUUCGCCCAUUUUUCUCCCUAGAGUUGCAUACUUAACUUGACAUCCUUCCUUUUAAAUAGAUUUUACUACAACAAAUCAGAUCUUCUCUUUGAGAAUCUAAUUUAAAAUCGAUUUUAAGGUUGUUUUAUCGGUUUUUAAAGCUCGUUAUCUUAUUUAUCUGAUUUGUUUUUACCUCAUGAGUCAGGUAGAGUCUUCAAGAAGUUCUCUGUUAAUAUUUUUACUUAAAAUUAAAACCAAGACUAACGGUGAGACAUCUUUUUCCUACUAUGACCAAACAGACUGCCUCUUUUAGAAUAGAUUUUAAGGUUGUUUUAUUGUUUUGAAAGCUCUUAAUCUUAUUUAUCUGAUCUGUUUUUACCUUAUGAGUCAGAUAGAGUCCUCAGGUCUUCUGAGUUCUCUGUAGUUCUCUGUAAACAUUAUUACUUUAGAGUUAAAAGCAAGAGAUUUUUUUUAUCACUACGAUCCCCGUCUAGGGAUGUAACAAUAUGACAAUUAAAUUGUUGUUUAUAUUUCAUUUUAUCUAUUAUUUCUUGAAUUUCAUUCUAUGUUUCUUUGUUUUUAGAUUUUAAACCUCCAGUGUUUCCUCAUCUUGAGUUUUAAUAUGAUAUUUUCUCAGUGUGCACACUCCUGUUUUAAUCCUGUUUCUGUUGUGUUUAGAUCGUGGGGUGGGAAUGAGGGGUUGGACUGGGGAAGAUUUGGGUAUUUUUUGUUUCUUUUAUUCCGUUUUCUGUGUAAAGCACUUUUAAUUAUACAUAAAGACUGAUUGAUUGAUAAUCUUUAGAUACUUUGAAUAGAAAACUAAAUCUCACACCUUUAUGAACGAGUUCAGAGGGUUCAGCCUGUACUAACACCAUCCUCUGGGUUUGAUUAUAUUCUCUCAGACCCUGUAAAAGUAAGGGGAGAGCGGAAUAAGAUGAUCCAUUUUUUAUAUUUCGGAUCACUUCAUCAAGGCAAGGCAUCUUUAUUUAUAUAGCGCAUUUUAUGCCAAGGCAGCAAAAGAUUUAUUUUAAAGAGCAGCAUAAAAACAAACAGAAACACAGUUAAAAGAAGGAGCGAUAGAUAAAGUUUAAGAUUAUUAAAAAGAGCUCAGCCACAUGAAAAGAAAAAUGUUUUAACCUUGAUUUAAAAGCACUCACAGUUGGGGCUGAUUUCAGUUGUUUGUUCCAGUUUUGAAAUAGAAUAACAGCUAAAUGCUGCUCCACCAUGUCGGGUUCGAACUCUGUGCUCCAACUCAAUCCUAGUUUAAUCUCUAACUCGUGUAUCUGCAGAUAUUUCAGGAUGUUGUUCAUCCCUGCAAACCAACAGAACGAGUGUAAACAGAACUGUCAUCUUGAUAAUAUAGCAUGUUUAAAAAAAGUGGUCUCCUAUGGUCAACUUACCCCGCUCUCCCCUCUGUGUGGUCUGUUAGAGACACGGAUGUCCUGCUAAUCUCUCACAGUAACAUUGAGGAUGGAUGCAGGGUCAGAUCUCUGAGCAGUUUUCCAUAUUUUCAGCUCUCUCUCCCUCAAACAUCAAAGCUGUAAUUAAAAGUUUCGUCCACACUUCUCAUUAACAGCAAAUUAACUUUUUAAUUGUGUUUCUAUCAGGCUGUGGGUUUGUCCUGCUGCAGCUCUGUGUGCCGUUUACAUGGACUCAGACUGCUGCUGCUCCCUUUGCCCUUUAUCUAAACUGUGUUAAAGGGACAGUCCGGCUUUUAACUCCACAGACACCCUCAUGGUUCGCCCUUAAUCCCUUGAUGCAUUAACAUCACCGACUGGACUCCAGGUGCAGAUGGUCUUGUUUGCUUUAAGACGCCAUGUAAAGGCAUCUAUAUGAGUCUGAGUCUAGUUUAUUGACGUCAAAUGUCCUCAUGGAGGCUUUAAAUGGGCGUCGUACUACUUUAGACUCUUUGAAAUAAUCAUAAUAAUCAUUUAAUGAAGCCACUGUUACAGCAGAGCUACACAGUUUAACUGGAACUCUGCUCCUGUCCCAGUAUACCAAACUGGGCGUGAAUCAUUACUUGAUGAAAGUAUGUCAGCCUCUGCUUCAGUAGGCGGAGAGAUGACCUCUCAGUUUCAGUUUGUAACUAUUGGACCAUCUCUCUGUGGACUUAUUGAGUCACAAACCAGAACAAGCAGCAAACAAAUGAGGGAAAGGCAGACUGGUCUAGUGUCAGUAUGGAUGGUUUUAUUGUGGUCCUUGUGAGGUGACUGGUACCUCUCAGACUUGUGGUCCGGGUCAGAGCCCGGUGUACAAACUGAGGAUGCUGUGAAGGAAGAUCAGGUUUCUGCUGUGUUGUGUAGGCAUGUUAGUCUGACUCUUAGAAUCGGACGAUGUGUGGUUUCAGUCAGAUUAACAUGUUAUCGUGUUUUGUUAUUGUAGUUGUAUUGUAGUCAGACUGACCCCCAAUUCCCACCGCAUCUGGAACGUCUACGAAAAGGUCCUAUCCUCCGAUCGUAGCUGAUCGUAACCAUUCUAGUUAACGUGUCAAUUUCCACCGACUUCUUUCAGUUCCACAGCUGAUCACAAGAGUUCAUGCAUUGUCCGAUCAUACUCCGACUACGCUGGUUACAUGGUAAAGAAAAUCGAAUUCCAAUCACAUCAUCUGGGUGUCUUAAUCGGAGUUCUCAAACUCUGAUUAUAGUCGGAUUAAGGUGUUUACAUGAACUUCAGUUGUCCGGUCUUAAUCGGAAUAAGGCGAUAAUUCGGUUUCCUCGAGUGUCAUGUAAACGGACUGAUUGAGAUCUGUCAUGUGUUGUUUGUAUGUUAUCAGAAAAGGUGAGGUGAUCUCCUGCUGCAUCUCCUCUAAGACGACCUCAGAGAUGUAUAUGAGUAUUGACAGAUGUAAAUCAGGUGGGAAACAUCCAAUAUCAGCGUUCGCUAAAACAGCCACCUACAGGUCAUCGGUGCGACCGGCUCUGUUCUGAGUGAUGGUCUGGUUUAUUGUGAGAGUCGGCUGAUGAACUGAAGUUCUUCCAUCAUCAACACCUCUGGAGGGGUGGGGGGUGAGAGUGAGAAGACAGACUCUCAUCUUCAGGUCUGGACUUGAACGUAGAGAAGAGUGUCAGAGUUUGUUUUUACUGCUGAAACCACCUGAGGUUACAUAAGGCUGUAAAUGCACCAAAAUAAAACAGAGGAAUAACACAGAACUGACAGUUACAUACAUGUCUGAGGACGACGACGACGAUGAUGAAAUAACCUGACUAUGCAAAUCAUAACAUCUGCAAAGUCCUGACGAGUUUACGAGCAGAAUAAACUGUAAAGCAGGAGUUUUAACAGACUGGUACACCUCAGUUUGAUACUGUGGAGCUCUGUAGUCUGAGGUUGAGAUGGAAAACAAAAACAAUAUGGAUAAUAAAGGUCUCACAAUGAAACGUUAGUAAUCUCAGACCUGUGAAUUAGAGCAGUCAGCUGUUUGAUUCAGACUCACAUCAGAAAUGUGACUCGAGCAGCAAACAAACUUAAUCCAGCAAACAGAGUGAACAUUUGUGCAGAGGUGUGGCUGUUGACAUGAUCUUAAAGAGUUGACAUGUCUUAUUUUUGUUUCAUCUUCUUGUUUUUAUUAGAAGACUUUACUCUUUAUGCUGCCAGACCACCUGUUUAAUAUAACCUUAAUAUAACCUCCUCUAUAACCUCAAGAAUCUACUAGGAUUAUUAUGAUCUCUCCCUUUUCAGCCCAGAAGUCAUUGGGCUCAUUCUGUCCUAGGGCUGGGCGAUAAACCAAAAAUUUACUGAUACGGAAAUUUACAACAUUUUGCCCAAUUCAUUGUCAAAAAAAUAACUAAAUCAAAGUUGUUUUUGAUGUGUGUAGGUAGGCUAUGGUCUCAUGUCCCUUUAAGACGCUGUCCUACAUCAGAGACGUGACUCCACCCCAUCCAGUCUGUAACAAAGAGGGAAAGACAGGUGAGGAGAUGGAGGACGGAGAGAAAGUUGGAGCGGCUGAAGUAGACGAAGUUAAUGUUGGAGGGGGUGAGCAGCUUGUGGAGUAGUUAUCGUUCAUUUAUCGUUAUCGAGGUGAACUGAUCAAUGUAUCGUGAUAUUGAUUUGAGGCCAUAUCAUCCAGCCCUAUCCUGUCCCUUGACUUUUCAGACACACAUGAACACACAGGUCCUCGUUCUCUCUCCCUGCUCUCCUCUAGAGUGUUUCUCAUUUUUGGUUGCAGAGAGUUAAAAGAUAUUCAUCCUCAAGCCCCGCCUCCUUCUUGUCACUCUUCACCCAAUCAGAGUCACAGAGAGGUCACAUGAUCCAGACGGGGUGAUGAGGAGGACUGGUGUCUCUUGGUUCCCACACUGUCACACAGUCCAGACCGAGUUCAUGAACUCGUGUUGUCGUCGUUGUUCGCUUUGUCGUUCACCUUUUAGAGGAUGUUUUUUAAUCACUUCUCAGUUAUGAAGCUCUCUCUCUCUCUUUCUCUCUCUCUCUGUCGCUCACACUCUCCGUUCUGUACCUGAGCAGCUACAGGUCGUGUUUAAAAGUGACUUCCUGUGAAGUGAACUUCCACAGACCGGGCCGCUCCUCCUUCAUUAACACUGAGAGGAGAGAUGAAAAGAAGAUGUGAUAUGUUUGGAGAGUCCAUUUCUCGGCGGCCGAAGGCUGAACAGAAGACCGUUUGGAUUUGGCUCACAGGUUUUGAUUCAUCUCUUCCUGUGGGAGGAGAGCCGUCUGUUCUCCAGAUCAGAUUUUUCAUUCGGGGGGGAAAAUAAUGAGCCUGUGGCGCCUCAUUUACACUCGAUGGGCCGUUCUCCUCUGCUUUGUGAUUUGUGGAGAAGAAAAGAAGUUUAUUUUUACCUCCAAACUCAGUGAUGUACAGCCUGAAAAGGUCUUCCAUCCUUGGCGGCGUGUUCUGCUGUGUUUCAGGGCUUAACAGCAUUUAGUCAUCUCUAAAACCAGCUUGCCAAGUGAUACCUUAAUCCCCCCUGCAGCCUCUCGCUGAAUAGACUUAUCAUGAUGCACAAGGCUACUUUUAGCUAUUAGUGCAGCACAAAUGGAGCUUAGGCUGCAGUGUUAGCCGUCUGCAGCGACGGGACCCUCACAGGUGUGAACGGCGAGCUGAAGAUACAAGUCUCUGUAUGUUCACAUGAGUAAUGAGUCUUCUGUGGAGUCCAUGUGAUGACAGGAAUGUAGACGUUGAUGUGAACUCAGAGGAACAUGAGACAGAUGUUCAGGAUUUAGGGAGUGAUCUUCUUAGACGCUGAGGAUGGAUGACGAUCAGAGGAGAGACGUGGAGCUGCGGCUGUUUAUCAGGAAGUCAUGAAACAGAAUUAAGAGAUUACACUCACUGUUUUUAGUCUUUUUUUUCUACAGUUUUAAUAAAAUAUUUAAAGGUAGAGAUUGAAAACCUCAUGUUGGCUCACAUGAAGUGGAUAGAUGACGGUAGAAAUGUUGAUACAGCCAGCUGUCAGAGUAUUUGUUUAUCGAUUUUCCUAUCUCCGUCUCAACUCUGCUUCCAAAGAAGUUUCUGUCGGGUCAUCGAGCUCUUUCAGCCAAGAGGGAGGGAGUGGGGAGAGAUGGGGAAGAGAAGAGUAAUGAUGUUUAAGUUAAAGGUGGUAGAACUCUGAAGAACAGCUAAAUUUUUGAAGGUGUAAUAAUCAUGUUUUUUUUGCUUUAAAGGGAUAUUUAAGUUAGACAUCCCCGUCGAGAGAUGAAUGUUGUCGACCGCUUGCUUCUCUAGUUAUACCAACUUUAGUAACGACCGCAGGAUAGCAAUACAGAGAGCCACGCAGACGCUUGUUUGUCCAUCGACUACAGGGGAGUUCCGCAGCUCAAGGAAGAACAUUUAUGAUCAUUUCUUCAUGGAAAUACAAUCAGACCGAGACACUAAGGCAGAAGAACUACAGCGUCUGCAGAGCAAAAUGAUUAAUAUGGUGAUUAUUACUUAAAGGAAAUGAUAAAGAAAUGAUCAUAAAUGUUCUUCCUUGAGCUGCGGCACCCCGUUGUAGUCUGUAAUGGACUGGCCUGAGGUCUCUCUACAAACAAGCGGCUGCUGGAAGAGAGUAGGUGAGUUGUGUUUAGUCUCUUUGCUAAAGAAAUGAGUCAAAGUUAAAAAGUUCUUGGUGUCUAGUACUAUGUCUGUGACCCUAUAUGUACUAACCUGAGUUGAAAUAGUGUAGUUCUGUUCAGUAACAGAACCUCAUUGGAAAAUUAGCUGAUUAAACUUUACUGUGCUCUUGUUCAAAUAUAUUAACUCUACAGCACAUAAAUCCAUACCUGUUAACAAAAUCAUGAUUUUAUUGAUAAUUCGGCUCAAUAAAAACACCUUUACCUUUUCAUUUUAACUACAGUAGAAGUUAAUUGGCCCAGCUUAUAGACUACAGAAGUGGAGAAACGCCCCCGCUUGAGUUUGUUUUCUUAGGAGUUAGAACAACUCUGAAUAUAGUACUAUGUCUGUGACCCUAUAUGUCCUGUUGAUGAAGUUAGGUGCUGUUCUGAGCAUUAUUUGUGGCUAUAGAGUGGCGCUUUGGUUGAGGGCGUGUCUCUCUGUAUUUCUAUCCUAUGGUCGUUACUAAAGUUGGUAUAACUAGAGAAACAAGCGGUCGGCAACAUUCAUCUCUGGAGGGGGGGGGUCUAACUCGGUGUUACGGUGUGUUUGACCCUAAAUUAAAUUUACGCCGGAAUAUCCCUUUAACGUCCUUUUAAAAAUGUAUCUUAAAAUCCUCCCUCACUUCACUCUCUGUCCUGUUAGAUCCCGUUAAAAUCAGUCCGUUUGAUUCUGGUUCUGUCUGGUUAGAAACUUCUCUGUGAUGAAGAUAAAGAUAGGUCAGUCAGAUAAACAUCAGUCUCUAACAGUGCUCUGGUUGUUGUUGUUGAUGUGUUAUCAGUGCUUCCUCUCUGUCUGCGGCCUUACUCUGCAUGUUUUCUGGUGGAUUCAGAUCCACGGGUCAGAUAACAUCUUGGUUUAAGUCUCAUAUUUGUCCUCAUGAAGAUACAGAAGUGUCUCUAAACUUGGGUUUGUCGCAGAGGAGCAGAGGGACUGUCAUGUCUGUCAAAUGUGAAGUGUAGGAGUAUAUUUUAGUUCUGUUGGUAAAUCUCUGAGGCUCUGUUCUGAAUGUUUGCUCUCAGAGAAGUUUGGAGUUUGACCACAUUUGACCCCGACACCUUUGCAGCUGUGGGCUGACAGAAACAAAUGCACCGCCGCCCCCCUCGCCGUGACUCCUCUCAGACUGUGUUUGUUUGUGUUCGGUGAAAACAGUAAUUUGAGUUUUUUUCUCGUUCGGUUUGUUUAUAACGUGUCAUUAUCUAAAAUAAAGGAACUUAAAAAACGUCUCUGCAGCACAAAAACUCAUCCGUGUUUUUGGCUGAGGGAGGAUUUGAUUGGCUGCUGAACCGAUCGUCCUCCAUCUUGGCGGAUGAGUCAUAAAGUUAACUUCGGACCCGGCGAACACUCUGAACUUUUAGUCCUGACCUGCAGAGGAGUUCAGAUCUCUCUUGUAGCUCCUGCAGCUCGUCUGUAUUGUUGCUUUAGUGUUUCUAUUUCUAUUUUAAUCAGACCAAUGAAGUACAGUAACAUCACGCUCAGCAAACCAGUUUGUGGUAGUUUUGGCGCCGUGGGCAGAGAAGUAAAUCUGCAUCUCCAUCGAUUCCUCAGCAGAUGAAGCAGGAAGGUCUCAAAAACCUCCUGGUAGACUUGAGGCUCUGCUGAUUCUGGACUUGAUAAAACACAGUAGACCAGGAGCAGCAGUUGACAUGGGACCCCCAAACCAUCAGAGACCGUCAAAUUGUGGAUUUGGGAUUUUUGAGAGCUGUGAGCUGCAAUCAUCGAGACUUAGUUGACUAAUUAUUUAUAAAUAGAAGUUUGAACUGCACCUUUAUAUUAGGAAAAACCUCCUAACCCUCAAUUUUCACCACAUCCACCACAUUAUUUUGUGUCUGUGCCCGACGUCCGGAAAAAAUCGAACUCUUGUGAUCAGCUGAGGAGUCCGGCGAUCCGCAGAGGAACGGAAAGAAGUCGGUGGAAACUGAGGCGUUAACUUGAAUGGUUACGAUCAGCUACAAUCGGAGGAUACGACCUUUUAGGAGACGAUCAGGAUGCUGUGGAAAUCGGAGGUCAUCGUAUCUUUAUUUGUAGUACUCAAAGUCAUUCAGAUAAGCUGGUUUGUGUUCGUGACUCUCUUCUCCAGCGCUGUGUUCAGGUUUUUCCCAGUUCUCGUCACUCAGGACUUCGACUUUUUUACUGGUUUUGUUGGAUUAGUUUCAUUCAAGACUUUUGAAUUUCGGUUUUGCCUCAGCUCACCGUGGGAAUGAGUGUUUUUCCCCUCGUAACUUGAAACUAUGCGGAGUAUGGCGGUUAAUAACAGUGAGUGAUGUCUCUCUGAGGACAGAUCUGGAGGUCCUCCUCCUCCUCGCCAACGCCUCUCCUGAGCUCUGAGUGGGUGUGUCACAGGUCAGCGGCUGACAGAGUUGUUUGUUUUGUCAUUGAGGCAUGAACGCCCUGUUUGCUCUGGUACCUCCUCUGAGUGUACACAGUCUGCACAUGGAUGAAAUGAAACCGCUCUCUGCGCUCAGGUGUGGCACAGGUACGCGGCGCUCAGGCCAUUGUGAGGGGUUAGGGUUGUAAACCUGACAGACCUGCUGGUGCGUUUGCUCUCUGACGUCAUCUUUAAUGGUCCUGGGCGUGUUUGAGGGACGAGGAGCUCCGAGUCGGCGCUCCACAUCAGACGACAGGUUUAUCCUGGUCUGUCCCGGUGAUUUCUGCUCCUCCGUGUUUGUAAACAAGAGCGGAAACGUCGGAUCUUUAACUCCAUCAAGAUCUGAUCUACAUCUGUGUUUCUCUGAAUAUUUCAGCGUGUCUUCAGGACAUAACGGUUCAAACACACACCGCAGAUCUUCCUUUGAGUCUGUGAGUGAACUUCAGGAGACACCCCGGUCCCUGUUUGAGUCAGCAGAAAUCCAGACCAGCAGAACUCGAAAAUCUGGCUGCUGUCCCCGAGUCACUGCAGAGGAAAGUCGAUCCUGAGAAGUCGAACUGAAGUUUAUUGUUUACAUGCUCGACAUAUUCCACAUUUUUACUCUUAUCCCGACUAAGCUCUUUAUUUGGCAAAAGAAAUUCAUUAUCAUGCUAAUUAUUUGGUUUAUAGCUAGCAGCAGCUCUGCAAUUAACCCGGACCCUGCUUACUGUUUGCUAAUGGGUUUCUUUAAAAUGCAGAGAGGGAGCUGACGGAGAGUUUAGACUCUGAAUAAUGUCGGGUUUAUGUGGUCCCAGGAACGCUCCGAAAAACAGAGGAAAUGGACUGACUAUGAACAUCGACAGGAGGAUUUAUUCACCUUUAAUAAUGUUUGUUUACAUCACAGUUAUUAUCACAUGUUUUAGUGACUUUUUGAAGUAGCUGUAUUUACCCUGUUUCUGAAAUAGGGAUGGGAUUGAUAAGAUUUUACCGAUAUUGAUGCCAUUAUUGACUCUGCUUAUCGAUUCAGUUAUUUAACAAUUCCCUUAUCAAUGCCUUUCUUUGAUUUACAAAACAAAGGUAGACGAUAGGUUUUCAUCAUUAACUCAAAAUUUUAUUGAGUCUCUGAUAACAGAAAAAUAAAGUAUUUGAUGCUGUGUCCCUGUUGACAAUUGUUAAAGCAUGUUGCUGGUGUUUCCACCUUUGCAUGUUAUCACUGCUCAACAAACGUUGCGUUGUUGUCGUCUCUCUUAGUAAAAUGAAGCCACACUGUAGAUCGUUCCUGCCUGCUUUCAUACCGUCCGCCAUGUUUUUUUCCUCUGUCUCUGUUCUCGUUUGCGUAGACUGGCACUUGCGAAACCACUUUUCAAGUCACCUGGAAGAAAGGAAUCGUUUAGGGGAUUGAUAAGAUAAAAUGUAAAUGAUUGAUUGAACCAUUUGGAGCUGGUUCUCGAUUCCCAUCCCUAUUUCCAAAGGUGUACUAUCCUGAAGAAGUGGCCCGUGUGUCAUAAUUUCAUCAUCCAGCUUUCCAGAGAAUCGCACGCCUGUGUUAAAUACCUGAUUCUGAUUGGUCUGAACCCUUUGACGACCCCUUGACGUGUAGUUCCAUCACAUUUUACAUUUUUAUCUUGACGUCAGAAGCAAAGGCGCUAGUUUCUGUCAGCACACCAGACCGGAUGUCUGACUUUUAGAUUUUAGGGCUGGGCGAUAAACCGAAAAUUUACAACAAUAGCUGACGCCAUUUUGCCCAUAUCGGUAUAUUCCAGAGUUGGUUUUGGAUGUGUGUAGGUAGGCUAUGGUCUCAUGUCCCUUUAAGACGCUGUCCUACGUCAGAGAUGUGACUCCACCCCAUCCAGUCUGUAACAAGGAGGGAAAGACGGGUGAGGAGAUGGAGAACGGAGAGAAAGUUGGAGCGGCUGAAGUAGACGAAGUUAAUGUAUAUCGUGAUAUUGAUUUGAGGACAUAUCGCCCAGCCUUAUCAGAUUCUAGUCUUCCAUCCAGAGCUGUUGGUUCAUCUUUAAGACCCGGGUGUUUGUGUUUAUAACAACAGUGUUAAAUGUCACAGCUUUUCCAAACACUUCCCUCUGCUGUCACUUUGUUCUGAUAAAGGCUGACGUACCUGAGAGACCUGGAGGCUGUUGUUGUUGUUGUUCAGACUGGCAUUUAUCGAUGGGCGCUGAGCUGCGGAGACAGCUGCCAGAAACAGGGUUAUCACUGUCUGAUUACAGAUGUAUACGUGUCUGUUUAAUAUGGAUAUUACUUUAUUGUUUCAGAGUUCAGUGAUCAGGAUCCGCUGAGUUAAUAUCCAGGUUUCUCUCUCAGCAGUAAUUCUUCCUGUUGGAUUUUUCUCUUUUGCACAGAAUAGAUCGAUUCCUGCAGCUUCAUAUAAAUCUAGGAAUAAACUCUAUUGUUAAAAGCUACUUUGAAAAAUCUCCGGUGGUUUGUGGAAGAAUUUAGAUGAAUAAAGAGGUUAAAAGAAAAAACACCAAGAGGACAAAAGAUCAAAUUAAAAAAAGAGAGAAAGAGAAUUCUCCAGAAUGUAAAAAUAAAGUUUUUAUAGCUGGAAUGUUCUCGGGAGAGCUCUUCACAAUCCCGCUCAUAAUGAGUUUCUUGUGCUCUGUGGCUGAAGUCCAGCUAGUUUUGUGAAAUCGACUCUUUCCUGGCGUUUAGCGAGCAGAUGGAGGCUGGAUGUAGAAAUGAUCGCACUUCAACAGAACUUGUCGUCCGUAUGUUUGAGCUUUCGGAAGUUUUGUGAAACAUGUUCCUGCUCCAAACCUGUGAGGCCUGUGAGUGAAAACACCUCGACGUAGACUUUUAUUAUGAUUGGACUUAAGGAGAACCGUCUGUGUUUUGUCUUUACGGCGGGAUAACGACCACGCUCUCUGUCUGCUCCUUAAACUCGCUGCACUCACAGACAUUUCUUUCUCGGCUAAAUCCCGCCCCUCAGGUGACAUCACCACCUUGGCCUCUAUAAACAGUGAAGGGGGGGAACCUCACGGAUCUGUCUCGGCGGACCGAAUUCCUCCUCUGGUGCAGUUUCUCAGGCUCAGCGUGCCUCCGUGCUGCAGCUCGCCGUUCCAGCUCACGCAGGCAAAUUCACUGGCUGAUUGCCAUCGCUCUGUAAAACACAACAAUGACCGCAAUUCUCUGGGCGGCCAUCAGCCCGGAGUUAAGUCAUGAAAGGGUUCAUGCUGAUUUGACUGUAGUGUUACCAGAUGAUACAGAGCGGCAGAGUCAAUAACACGCAUUUGCUUCAUUUAUUUUCACACAUUUUACUCUCAGCCCCGAACGGUUUAAAGCGGACGACAUCGUGAGCAGAAAACCAGGCAAAUAUACGACCAGAAAGGCAAAAUAAUCAGGAUUACACGUCGAGAACCUAAUCAUGUCGCUCUAGGAUGUGCCAACGAGGAUAACAAAUCUGUGAACUGAUUUAUUUUCUCUGUUUUAUUCUCACAGCGAAGCAAAUCAUUUCUAGGUCAGUGGCUGUCAAAGGGCUGGAGUUGCAUGCCAUUUUUAUCCUGCCUCGGCACAAAUUGGUUGAAAGCUCUUCUUCUUUUUCUCUGCGAGGGGAAAAGUGACAUUGCCGAGCGAGCGCCGCGACUGAACGACUCUGCCUUUCUCUGAUAUAAUGUCGGACUUUCAGACUUUAAAGAAACAAACAAAACGGAUCACAUUUUGAGGACAUUUUAAAAGCAGCAGGUUUUAUUCCUAAUUAAUGAAAGUCAGAUUAAAAUGCCGUCAGUGUUUGAUGGUUUCAUCCUGCGCAGCUGUGAUAAUGCGUCCCUGAAAAGUCAGCGUUUGAUUUGUUGUUGAGAAACCCCUCGCUGUUCCUCACAAACACUCGUGCCCCGCAGGAACUAAACAACAAUCGUGUCACUUGUGAUCAGAGGACACGUCGAUGCUCAUGUGUUUCUGUAUCUGUCGCUCCUAACUGUGAACUCUGUGUCUUGCAGGUAGGUGAUAAAAGGAGGAGCCGGCUGUUCUAUCCCAGCUCGACGAAGAAGAGGAGGAUAGGAAGUGAAGGAGACGCGUCGCUACCGAGAGGAAACCAGAAUGAAAGUGCCUCUGUCCCACUGGCACGCAGAACUGGAAUGAUCUCCUGACCUUUUUUCCUGGAAGUGACCGAGUUAGCGAUGAGAGGGGGGAUAUAAUGGCCAAAAACAAGGAUGCACGCCCCCCGACAUUCGCUGUCAGUGUGGUCGGCCUCUCGGGGACGGAGAAAGAGAAGGGAAACUGCGGCGUGGGCAAGUCCUGCCUCUGCAACAGAUACGUGCGUCCUGAUGCGGACAGCUACUACUCAGAGCACACCUCAGUGCUGAGCACAAUAGACUUUGGGGGCCGCGUGGUUAACAAUGACCACUUCCUGUACUGGGGGGAAGUGUCCCACCGAGGAGACGAGGGGUUGGAGUAUAAAAUCCAAGUUAUCGAACAGACGGAGUUCAUCGACGAUCAGACGUUUCUUCCGCAUCGGAGUACGAACUUGCAGCCGUACACUAAAAGGGCGGCGGCGACGAAGCUCCAGUCCGCAGAGAAGCUGAUGUACAUCUGCACGGAUCAGCUGGGACUGGAGCAGGACUUUGACCAGAAACAGAUGCCCGAUGGGAAGCUGAACAUCGACGGCUUCGUGCUCUGCAUAGACGUCAGCAAAGGUUGCAACAGGAAGUUCGACGACCAGAUGAAGUUCAUCAACAGCCUCUACUCCCAAAUCGUCAAGACGAAGAAGCCGAUCGUCGUCGCCGCCACUAAAUGUGACGAGUGCGUGGAGCAGCACCUGAGGGACCUGCAGGCUUUUGUCGCCAGCAAGAAAAACCUGAUGCUAAUCGAGACGUCGUCGCGCUCCAACGUCAACACGGAGCUCUGCUUCAACGCCCUCAUCCAGCAGCUGGACAAGACCCGGGGCAAACCCAAAACUGUGCCGUACCUGGAGGCCUACAAGGUCCAACGGCAGCUGGUGGCCUCGGUGUCGGACAGGUUUGAAAAACUCAUGGUCCACUCGGUGAGAGAUUACCACACCACGUGGAAAACUGUGACCAACAACAUGAGAGGCCAACCGGAGUACGACGAGUUCAUCACCUUGGAGGGCUCCAGGAAAGCACGCAACAUGUUCACGAAGCACAUCAGUCAGCUGAAGCAGGAGCACAUCAAGAGGAGACGGGAGGAGUACCUGACCACGCUCCCCAAAACCCUCAACAACCUCCUCAACAACCUGGAGGAGGUCGAGUCCCUCACAUGGCCCGAGGCGCAGAGCGUCAUACGCAACCGGCCUGAUUUCCAGUACUGGUUUGUCAUCCUGGAGCAAACGCCCUGGGAUGAGACCGACCACAUCGACAACAGCGACCGCAGGAUACCCUUCGACCUCCUGGAUACGCCUGAGGGCGAGAGAAUCUACCACAACCACGUCCAGCACCUGCUGUCCGAGAAAAGACGGGUGGAGAUGAAAGAGAGGUUCAAGAAGACGCUGGAGAGGGUUCAUUUCAUCAGUCCGGGGCAGCCGUGGGAGGAGGUCAUGUGCUUCGUCAUGGAGGACGAGGCGUACAAGUACAUCACAGAAUCAGAUAGGAGGGAUGUUUACUGUAGACACCAGCAGGAAAUAGUUGAAAGGGCCAAAGAGGAUUUUCAGGAAAUGCUUUUUGAGCACGCCGAGCUUUUCUAUGACUUGGACCUGAACGCCACCCCCAGCUGCGACAAGAUGAGCGAGAUUCACAGCGUGCUGAACGAGGAGCCCAGAUACAGAGCGCUGCAGAAACUCGCCCCAGAUAGAGAGUCGCUCCUCCUCAAACACAUCGGGUUUGUUUACCACCCCACAAAAGAGACAUGCCUGAGCGGGCAGAACUGUGUGGAUCUGAAAGUGGAGCAGGUUUUAGCCAACAGGCUGGUGCAGCUGGACCACGGACGCUCUAAUCUCUAUUAUAACAGUGCCAACAUCGAUAAGAUCAACCUCUGUCUCUUAGGAAGGGAGGGUCUCUCACAGGAACUCGCCAACGAGAUCCGAGCACAGUCCACAGACGACGAGUACACCCUCGACGGUAAAAUCUACGAAUUAGAGCUUCUCCCCGUGGACGUCAACUCCACGCUCCUCUUCAGCCACACGUGGGUCAACACCUUCAAGCCGCACGGCUGCUUCUGCGUCUUCAACUCCAUCGAGUCCCUCAACUGCAUCGGGGACUGCAUAGGCAGGAUCAGAGCGGAGAUAGCGCAGAGCAGGAGAGAUAGAUUCGCUCAACCGCUACCGUUCAUUCUCAUCCUGGCCAAUCAGAGGGACAGCGUUUGCAAAAACAUUCCCAUACUGAGGCACCAGGGCCAACAGCUGGCAAACAAGCUGCAGUGCACCUUCGUCGACAUCCCGUCUGGAGCUUUUCCGCGUAAAUUCACCGAGUUUCAGAUCAAGCAGGGUCUCCGAGCGGUGCUGGAGGGGCUGAAGCAUAACUUUGACGUUCUGGCGCCGCUGCCCUGUAUCAAAGACAUGUCAGAGACCGACCUGAGGAUAGUCAUGUGCGCCAUGUGCUGGGAUCCGUUCAGCGUGGACCUCAUCCUCUCGCCGUUCCUCGACUCGCACUGCUGUAGCGCGGGGCAGCCGGGUCAGAGCAACACCCUGAUACUGGAUAAGAUCAUCGGGGACAGCAGGAGGAGGAUCCAGGUCACCGUCCUCUCCUACCACUCCGCCAUCGGGGUUCGAAAAGACGAGCUGGUGCACGGCUACAUCUUGGUGUACUCCGCCAAACGCAAGGCCUCGAUGGCGACCCUGCGGGCGUUCCUGGCUGAAGUCCAGGACGUGAUCCCAGUGCAGAUGGUCGCGAUCACGGACAGCCAGGCGGACUUUUUUGAGAACGACGCCAUCAAGGAGUUAAUGACGGAGGGGGAGCACAUCGCCACAGAGAUCGCCGCGAAGUUUACGGCGCUCUACUCGCUGUCGCAGUAUCAUCGACAGACGGAGGUUUUCACGCCUUUCUUCAACGAGGUCCUGGAGAAGAAGCCGAGCAUCGAGAGUUCCUUCCUGUUCGACAGCUCGUCACGGGAGUGCACCACCGGCGCCAGCGAAGACGUCUUCCCCACGUCGCCGCACAGCCACUCCCCGGCCUACAACACCUACUACCCCGAAUCUGACGACGACAACGAGGCCCCCCCGCCCUACAGUCCAAUAGGAGAUGACGUUCAGCUCCUCCCCACGCCCAGCGAGCGCGCCAAGUACCGAAUCGACCUAGAGGGCAACGAAUACCCGGUUCACAGCACACCUGUCGGAGACCACGAGAGAAACCACAAAGUGCCUCCACCCGUUCGUCCCAAACCAGCGCUACCCAAACCCAACGUCAAGAAGCUGGACCCCAACCUGCUCAAAACCAUCGAGGCCGGCAUGCGGAGCAACCGCAGGAUGCCCAGAGGCCCGAUGACGCACUCUGAGGACGUGGAGGCUUCGGAUAACUAUGCAGACCCGGUGGACACCCUGCUGAGGUCCAGGGGCUUUCACAACGACGACAUCUACGCCGUGCCCGACGACGCGCACAGCCGCCUGGUCAAGAUCAGAAACUCCUUCGGAGGGUUACACAGCCUCCACGGCGGCGGAGAGGAAGAGAACGGCUACGACAGGAAGUCUCAGAUGGGACGGCGGCCAUCCAAGUACAAACAUCGCUCUAAGAUCCUGUUCAGCAAGACCAAGGCUUACCAAAGACGGUUCCACUCGGACAGCGACGGGGAGGAGUCCGGCCCCGCCACGCAGAAGAAGAAAAAGGGAAGAGCCCACCGGGGCAGCGAGGAGGACCCACUGCUGUCUCCUGCUGACCCCUGGAAGGGCGGGAUAGAUAACCCCGCCAUCACAUCCGACCCGGAGCAGGAGGACAAGAAGAUGAAGAAGAAGAAGACGCCCAAGACGCCAAAGGAACCCAAGAAGGUGAGUCGAGAGCACUUUUAUGAGCAGGUGAGGUGGAUGAAGUGUGAGCAGUGAGAGAACACCAGAGUAUGAAAACAGAUGAGAAGAGUUUGAUAUGAUUUCUUCUUUGAUAGUUUGGGACUCAGAAAUCUCAUCCCUGAUCGAUCGUUCCAAUAGUUCAUGAGCUUUUCCCACCUUUGGGGCUGAAAACGAUCAAUAAGAUGCUCUGUUAGAGACACUGAGGCUCUGUCUUCAUGAAGAGCGAACGUCCCCGCUCGUCUUUGAUAACAGCUCCUUCAAGGCUGGUCUCAAACAUCAUGAAUAUACAGAGGAGCUCUUCACACGAUUCAGCAGCUCUCAGAGAAACGCGAAGACAAAUACAGAGAGCGUGAGCGCUGGGAAAUCAAGCUCGCACUUUCCUGGAGACAAAGUAUAAAUGCAGAGUGGGGGGGGGUAUAAAUCAGAGGCUCUGCAGCUGAAGGUUACAGAUUAGGAAUCAUGACACACAGAAACACACUUAGAGGUACAUUCAGAAUAAGAUUUUAACAUGUAGGGCCGUAUGAUAUCUGUUUUAUUUUUCUCCAAAUUCCGUUAUAAUUUUUGAGAAUUCCGUAUUUUACCUUUUACACUUACUAAUACCAUAGGGUGUGUAGUAAAUAAAAUGUCAAUUAAAAUGCAAAUAUUUCUAAAUUUAAAGCUGUAAUCAUAGGGGUGGGUGAUAAACCCCAAAUUUACCAAUACCAAAAUUAACGACAAUAACCAACGUCAUUUUGCUCAUAUCGGUAUAAAGAGACUGGAUCGGCGUCAUUCAUCAGAUAUCUGAUCGAGUUAAUUUGUCAAUAUCGGAGCUGAUAUUGGAUCCAAAUAUCUGAUCGGAGCAUCACUAGUACUAUCCUCGAAAAAUGCGCAGAAAAGUGUCCUGUGUGUCAUGAUGUCAUCACCCAGCCUUACAGCGAAUCACAAGCCGAUGUUCGAUACUUGAUUCUGAUUGGUCUGAACUCUGACGACCCCUUGACGUGAAGUUCUGUCACAUUCACGUUGACGACAGAGGCAAAGGGGUAAGUUUCCAUCGGCACACCAAACCAGAUGUUUUAAUAUCAGAUCCUAGAGCUGGGCGAUAAACCGAAAAUUUACCGAUAAUGAAAUUUAUGACAAUAACCAAUGUUAUUAUCUUCGGUAUAUUCAGUGUCAAAAAAAUAAAUAAAUCAAAGUUGUUUUUACGUCAGAGACAGCUUGUGGAGUAGUUAUCGUUCAUUUAUCAUUAUCAAGGUGAACUGAUCAAUAUAUCGUGAUAUUGAUUUGAGGACAUAUUGCCCAGCCCUAGUAGUACAUCAUUGCCUCGUAUUCAAGUCAAAACAUAAUGUAACAUAAAAAUGUUCCGAUAACUGUGUAAAUAUAAAGUUUGAUCAUUUUUAAAUGGUUGAGUAAAAGAAACAAUUGAAUGUACGGUUCAAUUGCGCUUUGUUUUUCUUAGUUUUUCACAUCAGUUUUAAAGUCUGACAGUGAAGGUCGAUCUGAACAUGAACAGGUGAAAAAGUUAAACGUCUGAAUAAUGUGAGAGUAAAACACGCCCUUCCAGGACGACUCUCUGUCAGACAGCGGCGCCGUCUUAUCCGUGUAGAAACAGCUGCUCCGCCACGACUGCAGGCAGCCGCCGCGGGUUCGUCUUUGAUAAUCAGAGCGGGGAGCUUAAGGUGAACCACCAGGUACAAAACGGAAGGUGUUCAGUCGGUGUCCCGGCCAAUUAGAGAGCAGCGCCAACCGCUGUAGGCAUGACAACCCUUUGAAGAGCAGAGGACUGUGGGAAAUCACAGCCACCUCUGUCUCGUGUAACAGUUGAGUCUGUUGUCUUACUUCUUCUUCUCCUCUUCCUCCACAUGGACGUCUCUCUCUCUCUCUCUCUCUCUCUCUCUCUCUUUCUUUCUUUCUCUUCAUCCCACUAACAUUCCUUCUGAUCUAUUUCCCGAUUGACCUCCUCCUCCUCCUCUUCCUCCUCCUCUUCUUCCUCUUCUUCGUCUCUGAUAUGCCUCCUCCCUCUCUUUCUUUUCUUCAUUUCUCCGGCUGUCUCCUCUCACCUCCCCUCCAUCACUCUCUCCUUUUCUUAUUUCCCUCCUCUCUCUCCACGUUCUCAUUCCCUCCCACUGUUUCUCAUUUUCGGUUUCCUGACCAAUCUCUCCCUCCAUCACGCCUUUUCUCUCUUUUUUCUGCUCCGUCCGUCUCGGUCCUGACGUUCUCGUCUCUCUCUCUCGCCCUCCUCUUACAGCAGAAACCCUCCAAACCCCUCAAGCCUCUCUACCCCCCCACCCGGAGAACCUGGGAGAGCAACUACUUUGGCGUUCCCCUGCAGAACUUGGUGACCCCGGACCGACCCAUCCCACUCUUCAUCGAGAAGUGCGUGGACUACAUCGAGCGCACAGGUGAGUCAGACGUUUCCAUCGCUCUUUCUUUCUUUCUCUUCGUUUUGUUUGACUCUGACGGUGCGUUCAGGUGCAGCCGGCCUCUCUGGUAUUUCUCGACUCCGGCUGGUUUGUUUUUACGUCCGUAAGCUCUGUGGUUAUCUGGUGUGAAAAUGCCUCUCGUGUCGUUCCAAAGAAGUAAUUGGAUGUGCGAGAGAGGAGGAAGUGAGGAUUCAGAGAGGAGGAGGAGGUGAUUACUGCGAGAGGAGGAGGAGGAGGCACAUGAAUUUAAAUGCUGCAAACCUUCGCCGCUCGCCUCUGAUGUCACCCAGCAGACAGGUUUUGUCCGCCAGCCAGGACUCAAUAAAGUCGAUCUGUAUUCAAUGAGCUGCAUUAGGACUGUUUUUGAUGUGACGCCAAAGUGCUGCUGGAAAGAUUACAGACUAAGAUUGUCGGAGAUUACCGAGAUCACACAACAACAAGAGGGAGAUUAACACAGGUCAGCUGAGAGGCCGCGAGACGACACCUGUAGGAGAUACUGCAGAUGUCUUCAAGAUGAGGAGUCCUGAACGAAAGUGUGUUUCCAGCUGAAGUGUUAUGAGCAGGAGUGUCGGGCAGUAUGAACAAAAUUUUAUAUCAUGAGUUUUUAUGUCGUACCUUUGGUGAAAGACUCUGCCGAGCUCUUUAGUCUGAGAGGAGCUGCUGCAGUUUUAGUUUUUGGUGCAGCAGGUGCGUCACGCUUCUUUUGGUUCUCAUAGUAGAGCUCGGCGUGUUUCAUCUUUAGGGGGUGGAAGAGGUUUCUGGUGUUUCCUCCUCCAACAAUGACAGCCACACCACACUCUUUUUUAUUUCAUAUUAACAACCAAAAAUGAAAAUUAUCUGUUUUUUUUUCUUUGAAGCACAUAGUUCCCCCCCCCUCCCCAUCACUAAAUAAUGGAGUCCAAAAAUCUUGAAAGAUAUGAGCCCUAUUGUGUAAAAACGCUGAUAUCUGAACCAUAAAGAGCUUGAAAGUUGGGGGGAAAUCAUCUUUCCAGUGUAGAAAUAUACAUUUCUUCGCGAAAUAUGUGAUCGUAAUCAGUAUCCUGCAAGUUCCAAUGUGUCAUUUAAACAAGUUAGGUAUCGGAUCGAUUACAAUUUUCAAAACUGAUUGUGUGAAGGAAUGAACUGAUUUCCAGAAUCCUAUUAGAAGAUCACAUUACCAAAACAUAUGCAAAAAUAAACCAUCGGCCCUCUUACAUCGAGGGCAUUUUGAGGAAAUAUGCUUUGAGAUUUUAUGCGUUUUCAUUGGUGUUAAAUACAGUUUGUGAAUAAAUUUGAAAUUAGCCUCUUUAAUUUUAUUACUAGUAAAUGGAAAGUGUGUUUUUUCACGUGUAUUUAACGAAGCGUUUUCUUCAAAAACUAUCCCUACUUCCUUCCCCCAAAGUUUGAAAAGCCACACGACACGCUGCGUAGUUUUGUUCUGUCGGAUUUUCUAAAUCCGAAGAUUCUUCAGACAAUCGAUGUCGCAACUCACGCCCUUUUUCAAAACAAGUUCCUCCUCCUCUUCCUCAUGUUGGGUGGUUCAGGCUGUCUCCGUUUGCCCGGUACUGCCACUAAUCUCAGCGUCCGCCAUGACCACCAAUAGUGAAGCUGUUUCUUCAGUCUGCUGGAAACACUGGUGAUCACAGGGAGCGCACUCAAACCUGACCAAUCAAACGCAGCGAACGAGAGGCUGAUGAAUAUACAGAAACGCACACAAAUAUAUGCGCUCCGAUGCAGCAGACAUCUUUAAACGGAAGAGCAAAAUUUCUACUUUUAUACCGUCAUAGCGCCCAACUCUAAUGAGCCGUAUUGAUCAGACAGCUCCUGAUAAAACCUUUCGCUCCAAAUCGGAAAUAUCUGCCGGCGCAGCGAUCACCAAACUCCCCCUCCUUCAGAUCAGUCAUUUGUUUGCAAACAUUUCUUUCCAGGGAUUAACUUCAUGCUGGAAUAUUUUAAGGUCUUUAGUCCGUCUUAGAAACUUUUGGGCCAAAACGAUCAUGAGAAGAUCAGACGGACAAAUCGGAGCUCACUCCAGAUUUUCAAAGGUGUGUCAACAGGAUUAAACCGGGUUAGUGGAAAACUUUCCUCCAGGGCUUUUAGGAAACUGUGAUUCUUUUCAGCAGCUUUAGAAAUAAUGACUCUGACUGUUCGGAUCAGCUGUGACAGCCCCGGGGCGUCUGAACCAACCGGGACAAAACGCUGGUUUAGAAAAACUCUAUAAACUAUCAGAACAACGAGACCCGCUCAGGAUCCAGCUCUGUGAAAAACCUGGUCUUCCUCCUCUUCAUCCAAACAGACGAGUUUAGAGCGAAAACAACAAGAGUAAAAUACUAACUGAAAAGACCUGAUAGUGGUCUCAGUAAGGACUCUGAUCAGUGGGGGGUCUCUAACAGGAUCCCUGUCAAUCAAACUAACGGUCCCGUCCUCGUUAGGACGACCUCGGCGGGCGGUAAACGACCCCGCCGCCUCUAAAGUUGGCGGUUUCAUCAGGAGAUUAGAAGGACUUACUCUGGAUUUAAAACGAGACGAGGAGCGAGUUUGGACUCUGUAAACCAUACCGGGGAGAUGAAGCCCGGUGCAUGCUGGGUAUUUGUCUGGCUCCCCCGCUCAGCUGUCGUACAGACCCCCCCCCCCUCUGUGAAGUCUGUUAGAUGUUUCUUCUCCUCUGUUGUCUCUGUUUUCUCUCGUUUGGACCUGAACCUGAACGUCCGCUCUCUACCUCCUGACAUGAAUAUUUCAAACCUUCGCCUUAAAGUUGAAUGAGCUUGUUGUGUAACGUCUUCGCUCACGGACCGCCGCUCCUCGCCACGUUUAGUUCUUCAGAUGAAGUGUCUCUUGGUGGGAGCUCAAACUAACUCCUCCUCCCCGGUGAGAUGCUGAAAAUAUCUGCUGACGUGACGCCGGAGUGUUUCUCAUCAGGGCUGACGGCGGCUCAUUAACUCUGCGGCGUUUUUCUGAUUUGUUUGUUUGUGUUCAGGUUCUUCUUUCAGGACAGAUGUUUAGUCAAUCGAUCAGAGCUCUCUCCUUCCUCCUUCCUCCUCCUCCUCCUCCUCGCUGGUGCUUCAUGAUCAGCUCUGUUUUCCGGUUCUUUUUCGCUCUCCUCAUUCCUGUCCUGAAAAUCCUCUGAAUAUAUUUUGAUGUUCAGCUGGAUCUCCAUGAGCUCGCUCGUGGCUGCCAACCAAAUUUCAUAUUAAUCCGAGCGCUCUGUGUGUGUUAGUGUGUGUGUCAGCUGACAGCUCUGUAUCGGAGAUUUCACGGCGAGCGCUGAGAAACUCUGUUUUUGUGGAUUUAACGUCUCUGUCUCUCCUGGAGUACCGCUCCUCGCCGUUCACGACUGUUUAAGAGCUUUUACUCGGCGAUGAGGUCGGCGAGGUCGUCUCUGUGUAAGAAAGAGGUUGAGAUUGUCUUCACACGCCGCCUGGUUGCCGUGGUAAUCCGCCUGUAUAACAUUUAAUAGUCGGGAGCUUAAUGGGUGGGGUCGCCCUGAGAGAGUGUAGAGACUAGUGAGUGUAAUAUCUCUGCGGUUAGAGAGACUCCGUGAGUCUGCAGAGAUCCGCCCUGCUCAUGUCACCUAAAAUAACCUACCGCUCCGUCUGACCUCUGACCUCUGACCUAAGGCAGCCCCAGUGGGAAUCAUUAAAACAUCUUGAUCAUGCUGUGCUCUCAUCGUUCUCCAGACCUUCACAUUAAAUACAGGAGAGAGUGUUGAAGCGUCGAUUAAUCGUGUGCUGACACCGGAUCACGGUUCUGAGUCGGACUGGGUGAUUAUAUGAUCGUGAUAAAUUUCAGUUCGACUAGUUUCUUUAGUUUUUUGUACAGAUGCUUUAAAACUGGCAGUUAAAACCUACCUGAAACGAUUCCUUGAAUACCUCGAUUAUAAAUAAUGAUCAAGGAAUUUAAAAAAAAUAAAUGAUGAGACGGGCUUUUCUCGCAGUGUUGCCAAUCGAGCAACUUUAGCGACUUUUCUUACUGAGGAGUUGGCGACAUUGUUUUCUUCUGCAGAGCUACAGUAGCUCAUUAGCCUCUGAGUCGUGGGCGGAGACAGCGCUUCUCUUUACGCUUCUCUUCACGCCAGCUUGUAGCCUAACAUUGCUGCUGUCGUAGCAGAAGCAGGUCACUGAGACGUCUAGUUACUUUUUAGACCUAAUUUCAACCGUCUAGAUUCUGUACAUCUGUAGACGAAAUGUAGACGUUGCACUUUAACCCAUUAUUCGAUAAGUGUUUAAUCCAAAAAGCAGCUGUGAGUUACAUAACUGAUCUCCAAGUACUAAACUGAAAUAAUUGUGAUAGUCAUUGAGCAAAAAACUGGUAGACCUCUGUGAGCUGGCUGGUCUAAACUCGGUCUAAAUUUAGACGUCUGAAAACUUUCACUUUUAGACCUGUGGUAGCCUGAUUCUAGACCAGUCAUCUAGACCACAUUUAGACAUCUAUUAGACCCUCAGUGGGAGGUCACAUCGGAGCUAUUCAGCUCUUGGACACUAAUGUCUUUGAGGACAUGAUGAAAGUUCAUAUCAUAAUUGGCUUUCUUACGAGCAUUUCAAUCCACUAAUGCACACACUUGUUCUUGGAGAUUGUUCUCUAUUUCUCCGAGUCUGGCCUUCAUUGGGGGGCUGUAGGAAAUCUAACUUAAUGUGAGUCUGACGUUUGGGUCCAAAUACUCGAGUAAUCGGUAGAAUAUUCGGUAGAAAUAAAAUACUCGAUAGCUGCAGCUCUAGUUCUGAGUCUGAGAAUAAACCUCCUGUAUUCCUCAUCGUUGAUUCUCAGCGUCUCUGUGAAAGUGUCUCAUGGCUCGGCUGACCGUGUUGUCGUCGGUACCUGCUGCUCAGCCGUUAAAUCACACGUUUGUUGGUGUUACUACAGCCCACAGCAGAAGGAAGCCAGCUAUUGUUGGAGCGGUUCCUGAGCGCUGCAGUGAUAUCAGACAGAUCUGUGCGAGUGUUGUUGUUGUUGUUGUUGUUGUUGUUGUUGUUGUACCUGAACAUUUCGAAGGUCGUCUUCUUCAGGAGUGUUUACUGCAGCGCUGUCAGAGGAUCUGGGAUUGUUUUGAGCCGAUCUGGAUGCUCAAUUAUUCAGCGAUCGUGGUAAACAAUGACGAAUCUUCUAUAUUUAAUCACCUGAUUCCCAUCAGACCAAACAAACGUUCACAUCCCAGCGUCUCAUGAGGAGCAGGAUUAUUUGGCAGCUUUCCUCCGACAAUAACAAAUAAAAUCCACCGUUUUUGUAUUAAUCACCUCAUUGUUUUCCUUCUGCUGAACCUCCAACCCACAGGAAAGCGUUCCUCAUGGCAUGGGCGCCGUUUUUUCUAUCUGCGGUUGCAGCGUGGAGGCCGGGCUGCUGCUUUAACCACAUGUAAUAAUCAGGCAGAGAGGCAGAGAGGCGAUGAUGGCUGUUUGUGGUGCCUCUGGUUUCCCACCAGAGUGUGUGAGAAGAAAAACUGUGAUUUCCUGCGUGUGUGUGUGUGAGAGAGACGGAGUGUGUGACUGCAAAUGUGAGCGAACGUGUGAAGAAGUGAAGACGUGCGACGGAGAGUGUGACCUUUAUUUGUGUAAGUGAUAAGACCGUGUCGUGAGGUUUGUUCUCCAGCUCCUUCCUGACGGAGAGAGUGAACGCACGUCUCACACUCUCCUGAGGUUUGAUGGUGAAGACUCACUUUGACAUUUUGUAACAUCGGCGUCAUCCGAACACUGCAAAAUAAAAUCAGCUGGCUGUUUCCUGCAUGAAGACGUCUGCUCUAAAAUUAACCUCAGCUGAGGCGCUGAGUCUGACUCUGCUGCUGCUGCUGCAUCAUUUAUCUGCUGAGAAGGUUCGACUCUCUCCUCGAACACGAAGUCAUUUAGAACAAAAUUUAAACAUUCAUAUCCAUAUCACACAGGUCAGUGGUUAAACCCUCAUCUGUACAUUCAGUCUAAAUGAGGUUUAAAGGGAUAUUCCAGCAUAAAAUUAAGUUAUGGUCAAAGUAGGGCUGGGCGAUAAACCGAAAAUUUACCGAUACCUAAAUUAACGACAAUAACAGACGUCAUUUUGCCCAUAUCGGUAUAUUUGGUGUUCAAAAAAGUAAAUAAAUCAAAGUUGGGAGGUAGAGGUAGGGCUGAGUGAUAAACCAAAAUUUGCAGAUACCGAAAUUUACAACAGUUUGGUGUUAAAAAAUAAAUCAAAGUCAGUUUUUGGAUGUGUGUAGGUAGACUAUGGUCUCAUGUCCCUUUAGGACGCUGUCCUACAUCAGAGACGUGACUCCACCCCAUCCAGUCUGUAACAAAGAGGGAAAGACAGGUGAGGAGAUGGAGGACGGAGAGAAAGUUGGAGCGGCUGAAGUAGACGAAGUUAAUGUGGGAGGGGGUGAGCAGCUUGUGGAGUAGUUAUCGUCCAUUUAUCGUUAUCAAGGUGAACUGAUCAAUAUAUCGUGAUAUUGAUUUGAGGACAUAUCACCCAGCCCUAGGUCAAACACACUGUAACACAGAGAUGAAUGUUGCCGACCUACUCUCUUCCAGCAGCCGCUUGUUUGUAGCGAGACCUCAGGCCAGUCCAUUACAGACUACAGCGGAGUUUCGCAGCUCAAGGAAGAACAUUUAUUAUUAUUACUUCAUGGAAAUUCAAUCAGAGUUGUUGUGUAUCCUGUAUGUCAGUUUGUAACUAUUAUUAUCGCGUGCUGGUCGGGAAAUGAGCCCAGAUAAGCAUCUUUAACUUACAGGGGAAACUCGCGUAAACAAACGUGAGAUUUUAUGUAAAGUCAAACGCCAUUUUUUAUCUCAGGACGAGUGAGGAGACAACCGGAACGUGAAGAGAAAUUAGUCAUAACUGAAUACCUGAGGCAAAGGACAAAGGGAACGAAGCAAAAGAAUUCGGACUCAUUUUCACAGUGAAUCGGUGACUUGUUGUUAUGAACAUACAGAUGUCAACACUCCAAUUGAGACGCUAAGGCAGAAGAACUACAGCGUCUGCAGAGCAAAAUGAUUAAUAUGGUGAUUAUUACUUCAAGGAAAUGAUAAAGAAAUGAUCAUAAAUGUUCUUCCUUGAGCUGCGGCACCCCGCUGUAGUCCGUAAUGGAUUUUGGUUGAGUGUGUGUCUCUCUGUAUUUCUAUCCUGCGGUCGUUACUAAAGUUGGUAUAACUAGAGAAGUAAGCGGUCGGCAACAUUCAUCUCUGGAGGGGGAGUCUAACUCGGUGUUACGGCGGGUUUGACCCUAAAUUAAUUUUACGCCAGAAUAUCCCUUUAAUUCUCAGGAUGAAUCUCUGUGGAGAAGAUAUAUAUGGACGUUUUUUAGCAUAGAAACAUAAAAACGGUGAAGAAACAGAUGUCUGAGUGUGUUUGUUGGUCCCUAAAGGACAAAGUGUGUUCCUGUGUGUGUGUGUGUGUGUGUGUGUGUGUGUGUGUGUGUGUGUGUGUGUGUGUGUGGCCUUUACAGCGCAGUCUUAGGUCCUGAACUGACAUUUCUCCCAAACGCAGCAGUCAGGGGAUCACGCUUUCAGAGCGCCACGGUAUUACUCCACCGCUUCACCGGGUCGAGCGCGAAUCUCAACUCUGUAUUUUCUGCAUUAAGCUCGCCGUUAUCCGGAACGGCACUCAGAGAGGUCGACCGCAGGAACAACUUCAAUUUCUACAGGAAUCCGAUAUUAAGGAGGCGAAGGGUCAGAGCCACAUAGACCCGAUAAUACUCCUGAGAGAGAGAGAGAGAGAGAGGGAGAGAGAGAGAGAGCUGAAGACGCUGAAAGGAUCGCUUCUGUAAAAGAUGGAGAUAAAGACGAACAGUAAGUAAGGAAUCGGCGGCUCUUCUCAGGAGUUUUCUGCCCACGCUCUCUGAAACCUUUCUAUAGAUGAGGAGUGAACUCCCACAGACAUUCAGCCCGCAGCGUUAGCUUUUGAAAAACGACUUCUUUAGAGAGGGAACGGCGCUCGCAGACGUCCCUGCGAACAAAAAGUCCCUCCAUUCAUCCGUCCUUGAGGAGGACGCAGAGACGAGCGGCUCGUUCAGGAUUUAAGAGCAGAGACACUCAUUCAGACCUGAUGGGUUUGGACUCUCAGAACCUCAGACGUUCUUCUCUUUAACUCUGAGAAAAAUAAUCCCUGUCUAGCCUCCUGUCAUCACAUCUGAGUUCAUCAAACCACAAACUGCUCAUCAGGCCUCUCUCCAUGAAUUUAGUCUAGAUGAGUUUUUCUGUUGACCUGUUAACUCGGAUCAGGACCAGGAUGACUCUCAUAGAACCAAAAUAAACAGAUUUAAUCGGAGGAGCUGAUCUUAAACAACUUCGAUUCAUUUUUGUAACAAGUGUAGAUCCUGUUGAAGAAAAGCUGUCAGGGUGAAUUUAGACGGAGAAGAUGAUGGUGAUGGAGAAUUUUUGACGUUUAAAUCAGACAUGAGAGUUUGAGGAACAUCUCAGAGUCACUGAGUGUCUGCAGACUUUAUUCCUUCAUUCGUUAUUUGGACGUCCAGCUCAAUUAAAACGGUCAGAUUGAUCUUGUUCUGAUGUGAAGUUAAGAGUCACAACUUCAAUCCUGUUUCUCACUCAAAAUAAGAAAAUUUUCUCAUCCUUUUCCUCAUCUGUCCUUUUUUCUUUUGUGUUUCUUCAUCAACUUCAGUCACCUAAAUCAGUGCUUCUCAACUGGUCUCACUCUGGAACCCACAUUUUCCCAUGGUCCUUAAGUCGAGACCCACUUUUAUAAAAUUCAAACCAAGAAAAUAAUUAUAUUUUUAAAUUAUUAUAAAAUUAUUAUUAAAAAAAACUUUUAAAGACUCAAAUCUUUAGAAAAUAUCAAAAAAAUAUCAAACAUCAAAUCGCACAAAAUAAAGACCAAAAAAAAACAUGUAUUUUUAUGAAUCACAUUUUCACAUUAAUAAAAAACUGAGGAGGACCACGACAACAAGUGCCUUUCAAAAUAAGUUAUUUUUCAAAAUAAAAGACAUGUCAAACUUUAGAUGCAUAUUAAAUAUUUACUUUUUUGACCAGCAGUUCGAGACCAUCCAGAACGAGUCCACCAUCUGAGAAACACUGAAGGUUGGAUUGAGGAGAACAUUUUGCAGAAACGUCUGAUGAUCUUUUUUGCCCUAAAGUAACAAACUGAUCCUGAUCCCCUUCGUAAAUUUCCCCCCUGUGUUAGAUUGUAACUCUCUCCUCUCUCGUCUCUUUUGUCCCGUGUUGGUACAAACCCUCAGAAAGUAGGCUAAAGGGUCUGCAGAGCGCUGUAAGAGAGGCGCCGGCUCACUGAUUAUUCUUCCAAAACGCUCUUUGUUCAGCAGAAAAACGCUGACAUUUAGUUUUUUUUUUUAAGAUGGCUAAAGCAGACACGCCCCAGGCUGCAGUCUGCACCAGUUCAGGCUGCAUAUAUUUUCAUCUCCUCGCUUAAACCGCACCUUUGUUACCCCUGAAUGCAAUAUCCAAUUUAACCAUCCACCCCUCUUCUGCUGCUGCUGCUGCUUCAUCCCUCUCUACAGUCUCUGAAACUUCAUUUUUUGGAACUUCUGGGCUCAGAGCCAGAGAGCGAACGGCACAAUCGGGUCGAUUUUUGUCAGGUCUGCUCUCAGAACAGCAGUUUGGCUUCAGAGAAUAAAACCCUUUUGACGAAGCGAGUCUUUGAGACGACGAGCAGACAGCUGCAGCCGCGUGAGCGAGGCCACACAGCUCUCUGCAGCCGCCGAACUCGAUUAGAGAAGUUUUAUUAAAUGUUUCCUGCUCCCCCGAGACUUCAAAUGGUAUUUGGUAGGAAGGCCGGGGAGAGAGAGAGAGAGAGAGAGAGGCAGAGCGAUGAUUAAAUGGCUUUUUGAUGUUGAUGCAUUUGGAAGUCCCAUUGGUUGUUAUCUUCCCAGCACUUAGUAUAAUGUGAGGAGGGAGGAGAGGAGCUCUGUUCUGCUUUUCACCAGAACUUCCACCGACUGAAAGAAACGACUCUAAAGUUUUUACAGGGAAAGAAAAAAAGAUAAACGCUUGAGACGCAGUUUAACGAACGUUUAUGAAUCCAAUCAGUUCAGUUCUGAAUCCCACCGCUCCUCCGGAUUUAUAAUCACAACAACAGGGAGACGGAAUCAAACAUUUGGAAACAGAACAAGUUUAAUUUCUAUUUCUCUGUCGUCUGCAGGAAGAAGUUUGGAAACAGGAGAUUUAAUUUCACGUCACUUUGUCGGUGUUGAAGCUCGUAAAGCUGCUCCUAUUUAAUGAACAAGUUUGAGUCAAGUAAUCUAUUACUCAAUAUCUAGAUGAGCAAAAGUACAAUUUCCAAAGUUUUAAGUUUAACAAAAAAUUUUUAUUUACCAUAAGAUAAAAUUAAAGGGUGAUAUGGUAACUAAAAUUUUGCUUUCCUCCCAGAACUUUGAUUUGGGUGUACUUAUUUUUACAUCCUGAUUUUAAAUUGAAAAAAAAUACUUUUUUUGUACGCAACUUAAAAGAAAUCUUGUUUACAAUCAAUGGCCGACAUUUGGGGAAGUAUUUUGUUCUAGGGUCUGAUGUAGAACUCUGAAGAGGUACACUCAUUUAUUCUGAGCUCUGUACGUGUAAAGAUGGGGAUGGACUGAUUAUCUGUAUUUAAAGAUGGCCGACCAAAUUUACAGACUAAAAAAGAUGCUGAUUUGUCUUCAGCUGUUUAAGUUCUGUCUGUUUCAUUCUUCACUGUGUCGCUCAGUUUUCUGUGAGUAAAGGAGAUGAAAUCUUCAUGUUUAUUCCCAUCGAGCAGCACACUCAUCUAAGGCUGGGCGAUAUGUCCUCAAAUCAAUAUCACAAUAUAUUGAUAAGUUCACCUCGAUAACCAUAAAUGGACGAUAACUACUCCACCAGCUGCUCCAACUUUCUCUCCGUCCUGCAUCUCCUCACCUGUCUUUCCCUCUUUGUUACGGACUGGAUGGGGUGGAGUCACGUCUCUGAUGUAGGACAGCGUCUUAAAGGGACAUGAGACCAUAGCCUACCUACACACAUCCAAAAACAACUUUGAUUUAUUGAUUUUUAUGACACCGAAUAUACCGAUAUGGGCAAAAUGACGUUGGUUAUUGUCGUAAAUUUCUGUAUCGGUAAAUUUUGGUUUUAUCGCCCCGCCCUACACUCACCACAGUCCCUUCAGAGUGGACUAAAUUUACCUGAUCAGUUCUGUGGAUUAACUCACACCUAUCAUAUCCCUGAUGAUCAAUAAUCCUCCUGUCGCCACUGCUGGAGUCACCUUUUUACAGUCUUUCCUCAACGGUGAAAAAAACACACACGCCCGACUGUUUUUCUUUGUGAAUCUUUUUAUUUCCUGAUUUUUUCUGCGUGUUAAUCCAGACUAAAGCCUCUAAAUACUGUCUGAUAUAAUCCCUGCUCCUGUAAAUGAUGUUAGGAGUUUCAGUUUUACUAAAAACGCUCGCUGAGGCGUUUAAAAAUGUUCAUAUUUGUCUCAUAUUGGAGCUAAAAAGGUCCUAAAAGCAGAGACGGCGUGUUUCCUCUCGGCUCUGUGAUCGUUUAGAUUCCCUCAGCGUGUUGACGUGCUGCCAGGUUUCGAUGUUGUCCAGCUGGUUUCGCUGCGAGAGCGUCAGGGAAACCCCAGAGGACUGUGACUUAUUUAUCUUUUAUAACUUUCACUCUGAUGGAGAAUAAUUCAGCGGCGUGUCAACCGGGCGUCAUCUAAAGCUGCUUAUUGGCUAUUUUCAGACCGCUUUGAAGUGGCAGUCUGCUGCUGGAGUGAAACAGAGAGACUCGUGCUUCUCCUCGGGGUGAUUUCUGCGGCGACAUGUUCAAGUGUUUGUUAAACGGUCGGACUCAUUCAGAGAGAGAGACGGAGGAGGUUAGAAACACGUCUGCUGUCACCGCGAACACAGACGUCAGAGUGAACGUUAAAGACGUGAUUGACAGGUGCUGUGUGUGUCCUUUUCUCUACACUGUGAAUGUGUGUGUGUGUGUGUGUGAGGAGGUCACGUGUGUGUGUGUGUGUGUGUGUUUUCCUGCCUGCAGCUGGGGCUGAUGUAAUGUCCAAUGGAAACAGUCUGACUGUACUUCCUGUUUGAUGGUCAGUGUGUGGCCCAGUGCUCCCAGCAGCCUGAUGGGACUGGUUUGACUGUCUGAGCCGUGAGGAAGAUGGUCGGCGCUCGCUGUCGGAUCAUCGCCGCGAGGUGUUUCAGGGUCAUUCCAGCGUCUUGUCAGCGUUCAGAGGAAGUGACUCAGCAGAGAUGAUUUCAGUUUUCUGAUUAAUUUACGACGUUUCUUAUCCGAAACAGUCGAAGGUCGGCGUCGCUGCUGCGUCAUAACGUCCUUGAUAAAAGUCGCACUAGUACUCAUAAAGAAGCCGGCUACCUUAACACACCCUCACACAUGCGCACGCACACGUACACACACAAACACACACAUUCCUGAGUCCAUCCUGCUCUGUAGCCCGUAGUCUUAAUCUCUUCCCUGUGGAUUUCCUGGUCACCGACUCAGGGACACCAAGAGAUAGGAAAAUGAGUGUGUGAGUGUGUGCUGCCUGUGGCUGAAUGUUUGAACACACCCCCUACUACACGCACACACACACACACACACACUGAAACACACACACUGGUGAAUAGGUGAAGCGGGGGCUCUAACCUCGUUCACUCUCCGCCCUCCUGGGCAAACUCCCUCACUCGCCCUCUGCGUUUCUUUCGCUUUGUUUGCUCCGUCUUUGUGCCGAUCGUCCCGAGAGAGAGAGAGGGGGAGAGAGAGAGAGAAAGAGAGAGAGAGGGAGAGAUAGAGAGAGAGUAAAGAGGCCUUUGUCGUGGACUAGAUAGAGCGUUCUGGUCUGUGUCCUCUUCUGUGACCAAAUCCACAUGAAUCCAUCUAAAAGUGGUUCCCUGGUUUCUCACCUUGAUACUUGAGUGUUUCUGCAGGUGCAUGAAGAUGUUGUCCUCUUCUUCAAGAGACGAAAACCUUUGAAAAGAAGUCUCAACCCCAAUUUCCACCACAUCCUAAAUGUCUACUAAAAGGUCGUAUCCUCCGAUCGUAGCUGAUCGUAACCAUUCAAGUUAAAAUUUACACCGACUUCUUUCCGUUCCUCUGCGGAUCGCCGGACUCCUCAGCUGAUCACAAGAGUUCUAUUUUUUCUGGACGCCGGAGCAUGGCGGAUAAAUUCAGCACAGAUUAACCCGUGCUGGAAAGGAAGUCGGGCACAGACACAAAAUAAAACAUCCGGCUUCUUUUCAAAAUAAAACACUCCGUGUUUCAGGAGGAUCAUAUUUCACACCAUGCAAACGGGCGGAGACGAACAAGUGAAAGUGACAAUCGCCGCUGUUCCGGAUGCGGUUAAAAAACUGGGGGUCAGUCUCAGCAGGUUCUUAAAGGUGAAAUCUAAUAAGUAAUAAAAACUCUGACAGACAGGAGUGAGAGUAUUUGAAAGAGUCUUCACGGCUGAUACUGUUUAAUCGUCCAGAUUUAAGGGUCACAUUGGGGGGAGGGGUUAAUUAGUGAUUAGACAUAUCGUGACUGACACGACCCGACCAUGAGAGGAUGUGGUCACGUCUGCAUCAUCACUUCUAAAGACUCAUUUUUUACUUUUGCACACGAUCUUUCUUCAAAUGUUUGUAAAGUCUGAACUUUAACAGAUCAGUUAAAGGGGAGUGUAUUUUUUUUGUAUUUCUGUGGGCAGACCGGACUGAGACGUACCGUGCCUUUAAGACAGAGACGUGUUCCUCGAUGUUGUUGAUGCAGAUUCGACGGGAUUGAAGAUCCUCUAAAGAAAAACCGCUUAAAGACAGAGACGUGGUGUUUUCAGGUUUAGAGGGUAUAAUGUGGUCUUACAUUACGCCCCUCUCUCUCUCUCUCUCUCUCUCUCUCUCUCUCUCUCUCUCUCUCUCUCCCUCUCUCUCUCUCUCUCUCUCUCUCUCUCUCUUAAAGUGACGGGCCAAUGCAAGGAUUAGAUUAAGGCAAUUGGUUCUGGCCUGUAGCGUGUGUGUGCAGCAGAGUAUUAAGGGGGGACAGACAAGGCCACUUUGAGCCGGGCUGGGGGCUACAGCGGGAUUGUGGGGCAUGCUCCGUGUGUGUGUGUGUAGAUGUGUGUGUGUGUGUGUGGAGAUGUGUGUGUGUGUGUGUGUUUUGUGGGGCAGGUUGUGCAGGGAAAAAGGGCGAGAGAGAGGCUAGUGCUGUGCUACCUCGCUCCGAGGCAGUCAUCUGGUCUUAACGGGGUUUGUGUGUAAAUGUGUGUGUGUCUCAGUGUGUGUGUGUGUGUGUGUGUGUGUGUCCUAUAGCUGUUUCUGAGCAGUCCACUCUUCCAUUAGUUUGUCUUCUGUCGCCCUUCUCUCUCUCUCUCUCUCUCUCUCUCUCUCUCUCAUGAUUUGUGCCACAUCGCCGCCAGCGAACAUGUGAGCGCGCUCAAAACAAACCGGUGGGCAGAGUGGAUGCUGAGCUGGCGGCCAUGUUUUCGCAGACUCCAAUGUGAGAAGAAGAUCGUGGAUCAGAUCGAGCUCAUUCAGGUCUCCUGUGGAAGUGGGUCACCUUGGUUUAGGACUUUGGCUCGGGUCCAGAGAGCUGAUUAUGUCACCAGACCAGUUUUUCCUCACUCUGCUUUUGUGAAGAAGAGUUUCAGUUUACUUUAGAUCUUCAUCUCCUGACCUGGCAGAUGAGUUUGUGGUAUUUGAGAAGUCUUUGACGAUAAUCGAUGAAAGUCUUCAAAACAAAGUCCGACAUUUGUCAGGCAUCACAGCAGAUAAAGAUAACAAGAUACAGAGAGAGAAACCAGAGAAACAAGAUCUCAAACACCAAAGGAGAAAGUUCUGAUCUGAGAUUCAGCUUCAUCUUCACUUUUAAAGAGCGCUCCAGUCUGAGUGAGAGAGUUAGAGACGGAGACGACUGAAUCUGUGUUUUCUGAUUCUAGUCUGAGUCCUAAAGUCUCUGAUCAUGAUUUAAUCUUUGGAGGAGUUUGGACUUUAGAGUGAGAGACAGAGAAAUGUUAAACAUAUAGAGUUAUUUAGUUUAUCCUUGUGAAUCACAUGUAGUCCUAAUCAUCAGAAAAGAGUUUUUAAAAGUCAAUAUAAAUAAUCAGAGUCCGUCACGUCACGAUAAUAUCAUGAUAUGAUAUUAAGGUAGAUUACUUGGGCCAUGACACGAUGAUAUCAAGUUACUUGGGCCACAAUAUGAUAUUAUCACGAUACUUAGGCCCCGAUAUGAUAUUAUCAUGAUACCUGGGCCACAAUAGGAUAAUAUCACGAUAGUUAGGCCACGAUACAAUAUUAUCUUGAUACUUGGGCCAGGUUAUGAUAUGAUACUUUGGCCACAAUAUGAUAAUAUCAUGAUACUUGGGCCACAAAUACGAUAAUAUCACGAUACUUGAGCCAGGUUACGAUAUUAUCACAAUACGAUAUUAUCACGAUACUUGAGCCAGGUUACGAUAUUAUCACAAUACGAUAUUAUCACGAUACUUGGGCCACGGUACAAUAUUAUCACGAUACAAUAUUAUCACAAUACCUGGGCCACAAAUACGAUAAUAUCACGAUACUUGGGCCAAGAAACAAUAUUAUUAUAAUACUUUUGCACCACAUAGCACAUCUUGCAAACCUCAGUGGACAAACAGCUGAUUUUAUUUUUCCAUUAUCGUAGAUUUGACUUUAUAUUAGCAGUUCAAUACGAUAUAUCACCUGACAAAAUAUCACGAUACUGUGCUGUAUCGACUUUUUUCUCCCACCUCUAUUAAAUUGAGACAUGAGGUCAUCUUUGACGUGUUCACUUCUACCGUCAUGAAGUUUCCUCUCCUGACAGGUCGACUUCGGCUGAAAUCCAAAUAUCAGAAUAAACUCUUAAAGCUCCACACCUCCAGCUUUAGUGUCACUUUGGUUUCUCUCACUGAUCAGUGUCGUCCUGAACUCUCUGGAGGACCGUUUCCCAAAGUCUGGUCCAAACAGGAUCAGCAGGAGUCAGACUGUCUUUAUUUUUAGCCGCCUCAGUGUGACUCGAGCUGCUGCUGCUGCUGCUGCUCAUUUCCUGAUUUUCCCCUCGCUGUUUUGGAGCUUUUGUCGUGUUGGAUGUGUGUGGCGUCUGUGUGUGGAUGUGUUUGGAGAUGGUUGGAGACCGAGGGAUGUACGUAGAUUAUGACUGCAGCUGGCACUGUUUCCAGUGGGGCUGUGAUAAUGGCCUUACGUAACCACGAAAAAACCAUCCAGAUUCUGACGAACGCUCCAAAAAUGACAAUCACAGCGAUGGACUGUUUACUGUCUGAGCGAGAGCGACGACGGUUUAUUGAGAGAGAAAGAAAGAGAGAGAGAGAGAGAGAAGUAAAGGGGCUGAAGUAAAACAGAAUGGUCCUUUUUUAAUGCUCAGUCUCUUAUCACCUUUUUUACAUAUGCACUAAAGUCCCGAAGCUGCUUAUUGAAAUCAUCCCGACUUUAUUCAGACUUUUUUUACACCAGUCUUUUAGGAAAUUUUGCUUUUUUCCGACUCGGUAACUGAAACGCUGGGCACUCAGGUGUGACGCCAUUUUCGGCUCAGACUUCUGACUUCUGAAGUAACUCGAACGCAGCAUAACUCUUCCUUUCUGAUUUGUUGUCAGAUUUGUAAAUGAUCAGUCAUGUUGCCACGGUAAAAAGACGAGAAAGUUUCAUCGACGACUCAAACCUUCUCACUUCUUCCUCCAUCCUCGCUAAAACUUCUGCAGCAUCUUUGAAGAGUCGUAUCUUGAUCUUCAGCUCACACGUAAAACCUCCUGAACAAACAUUUACUAAAAACCUGAAAUGACCUGACAGUAACCAGCAGAGUCAGAGUCAGUGUGGUGGCGGCGGCGGCUGCGGAGCGGCGAGGGUUAACAGCUGGACAGCGGCGGCUGUAAAUGGAGGAUUGUGAAAUCCUGCUGUUACAGACAAGCCGGCCUGUCGUCCUCCUGAGCUUCACUGAUCUCACUGAGCACCUUGCUGCAGGCUUAACACACACACACACACACACACACACACACACACACUCUCAGCAGCAGUUCUUGUGUGUGUGUUUCUGAUGAUGCAGUGGCUUUGAUGAAGGUCUCUGGAGGGCGUUUUAAGCGCCAUGUUGUACAACUCAAGGUGCUGACUCCUCCUCCUCCUCCUCCUCCUCCUCUCUAAUCCUUCCUUUUAUCUUUUCUCUUUUUCAACACUCUCCCCUUCAUCCUCACAUCCUCCUCUUCCUCCUUCCUCUUUUUUCAUCUUUCAGUCUCAGCGUUCUCUCCCCUCUCUAUCCUCCUCUUUCCUGUCGUCACUUUAAAAUCUAUCAAUCCUUAACGGGAAUAUUUUAAUGUUAUUUGUUAAGAUAAGAUGUUCCUUUAAUUCCAAAUUUACAGCAGCCUACAGUCAGAAAUUAAAGUAUAAAACAACUUAGAGUUAAGAAAUAAGAUUAAAGAUGUGUACAUGACUUUAAUCUGUUAGUAGGGGCGUCCUGAUACAACUUUUUUACCUCUGAUCGGAUACUGAUAUCAUAGCUUUCAGUAUCGGCUGAUACUGAUAUUGAUCCAAUAUUGGCACAAACUUGUACAUGAUCAGUUUUUUCACUCAUCUGCAGCGUCUUUUUCUGAAUACUGCCACAUGGCCGACAUCACUCCUACUCCUCUCUACUUUGUUCGUACCUUCGUACACACUGAUGUUGUGAUCACAUGGGCUCUGCAUGGUGGAUCAGGGCGCUGUUAGCUCGAGGUGCCAGAGUGGAGUCUGGAAUGGACUGCUUGUAGCGGAGUGCUGAUACCGGAGAUUUAAGAUUCAGGCCGUUAAAAUCCGAUUUGUGAUUUUUUUUGUCUGAUAUCAGACCGAUAUCUGAUAUCAAUAUCGUAUCAGGACAGCCUGAGCUGUUAUUCUUCACUAAACCUCAACCUGAACAUCCAAACUCAGUCACUGCUGCAGAAAGAUGAGUGGAGAACAAAAAUGGCGUCACAACAUCAUAAAAAAUCAGACUUUUACAAACUGAGAGUGACGAGGACAGAUCAGGUGGUUCAGUCGUCAUGACAGACAGUUUCCCUCCUUCCUCCACAGAUGUGUGUGUUUGAGUCUUCCAGCUGUUUUACCUCCACCGUUAGACGUUAAACAGAGAGGAGAGUGUUUGUGUGUAAACAGCAGCAGCUCCUCUAUUUAUAAAACCGACCCAUCUGUCUCUCUUACAUUAGAAUUAGUGUGUGUUACUGUGUGGGUGUGUUGACUGCUGCUCCUGUCGCUUCCUGGGAGCUGGACAUCUGUCCUACUGUCAGCACACACACACACACACACACACACACACACACACACUGGUCAGUGCCUGGAUUAAUAACUUUGAUGAACGUCGUCCUCUCUUCUGCUGCUGCGUCUGAAUAAUCCUGAAUCAGGUCAGAUGAUCGGAGUCUCUGUAGGGUGGUGUUGGUGGUGUUGGUGGUGUUGUUUCUUCUUCAUGUCCCUCUGAGCUGAAGCUGUUCUUACGGGGGAGGAGGAGGAGGAGGUUUAGCGGCUCAGUGAGGAUCCCGGCUUUGUGUCGGUUUGAUGAAGUGAAUGUGUUUUUGAAAUUUCAGCGGCGGAAGAUUUGCAUUCGUUAAGAAAAACCCUGAAAACAUCAGACGGUACGAGGGCGGGUCUCUGCGCCGGAGUCUUUAAAGUCUUCGCUGAAGCAGCAGCGAGUCAGGGAGCGAACCGUGAUUCUAAUUUAUGGAGUUUCUGACUUUAAAGAGAGGAGGGUCAGUUUGAGGGUCUACAGGGGGACUGAGGGGGCUGCAGGCUGAGCUGCUGCUCCAUGUGGAGCUCAAGUUUACUGACAAAAACCUCCUCUGUGGUUAAGAUGUGUAUUUUCAUUUUAUUACUUCGGUUGGUUCGAUUGGUUGGCUCUAGAUUUUAGUCCUUGUACAUGUUCAGAAAUGCUGUUUAAGUUCCCAUGAUGCAACUCGACCGCAUCCCUUUUUUGUCCCCCUGAGUCUUUUAACCUCCGUGAUCUGAACCCGGGUUGUCCGAUUCUGUUUUUUCAUCUCUGAGUCUGUGACUGGACUCGGACCUGACAGAGACUCAGAGACGUAGAUCACCUGUUUUCUGACUAGAGAUCUGAUCGUGAUGUGAACAUUCAGAGAGAGAGAGAGAGAGACAGAGAGAGAGAGAGAGAGAGAGAGAGAGAGAGAGACAAACCGAGUGGAUCUGAUGAAACUGUUCUAGAUUCCUGAACUCUCCUCUGCAACAGACUGAAGGCAGACUGCAGCAGUGCAGCUGAGACUGUGUGCAUGUAUACAUGUGUGUGCACGUGUGUUCAUGUGUGUGUAAUGUGUAAGUAUGGAUCUGGUUACUAAAGGUGCCCAGAUAUUAAAUCACACACACACACACUCAGACUCACUCCUCGCGGCCUUUGUAUUGAUUUAUAUUGACCUAUGGUUGUGUUGAGGGUCGGUCAUUAAAUUAACACACCAGCAGAGAAAGUGAUGACUCCACCAGACCGCAGCUGUGUGUGUGUGUGUGUGUGUGUGUGUGUGUGUGUGUGUGUGUGUGUGUGUGUGUGUUAAAGACAAAGAAAGUGCACACAGAACACUCCCCGCUCUCUCUCUCUCUCUCUCUCUCUCUCUCUCUCUCUCUCUCUCUCUCUCUCUGGAGGAGGGUGUCGGCACCAGAAUGACUUCCAGACCUGAAAGCUCAGCUCGCUCGCUCGCUCCUCAGCCCUGAGGAUUGUGGGAAAAACCUGCGAUUGGUCCCCGAUGGGAGACUGCAGCACUUUCACCUCCACAUUCAUCUUCCAUAUGAAAGUCAGAACAUGUUGGCAUGUCACAUCAUUUAUGAGGAGGAGGAGGAGGAGGAGGAGGAUGAAACCCUCGGAGUCCUUGAGAGGAGAAAGUGGAGCAUGCAGACUGGGAGCAGAAGAUCCUGAGAGCCGAAGAAGAAGAAGAAGAAGAAGAAGAAGAAGAAGACGGGUUCAUGUGUUACUGACACUCGAUAAAUCAGUUGCUGAACAGAUUAUUGGAGAUACGGUGAAUUAGGGCUGGGCGAUAUGUCCUCAAAUCAAUAUCCCGAUAUCUUCCCCUCAAUGACGAUAAAUGGACGAUAACUACUCCACAAGCUGCUCACCCCCUCCCACAUUAACUUCAGAACCAAAACCAACUUUAUUUAUUUAUUUUUUGGCAUCAAAUAUAUCGAUAUGGAAAAAUGAUGGUUAAUAUCAUAAAUUUCGGAAUAUGUAAAUUUUCAGUUUAUCGCCCAGCCCUACGCUAAUUUUCGCUAAUCGGCCACUCUGAGCUUUGAUGUCUUUUAGGGAUCUGGAUCGGUUUUUAAGUGAACUUUCUAAAAGCUGCAGAAACUCUAAACUUUGCUCCAUCACCUGACUCCUGCCGUCUUCUGUUAUAAUUACGACAGCCACUAGGGGCCGCCACUGACCUAAAACCAUAAAUCUGUGCCUGACAUGAUUGUGAUUUUUGUGGUGACUUCAUUGGAUCGGAGACGAAGGCUUUAUAUUUGAAGUCUUUCUAUCUUUUUUAGUCUUUUUUUAUCUCUUAUCUUUUUCGUUUAUUUUCAGGGAUCUUAAAAUUAUUGAUACAUGUUCUCUAAAACUUUGGUUCUGGUUUUUACUUAAAGGAUUAAACGUCUAAACGGGACACCAGAUCCUCCACACAGUGUGAAGGAACAAUAGCAGGUGAAGGUGAGGCGGUGAAUUAAACUCUGUUGACUUUACGGCUCUCAGAUCUGUUGUAAAUGGUUUCCUGUUCCUGUUCGGAGGAACACGCUCUGAAAAUAAAUCCUCAGUCCACAACGGUGGCGUGUAAACACAGAGCUGAGUUCAGAUACCACCGUGUUCGUCUUUAAUCAGAUUCCCUGAGACAUGUCAGUGCCUUAAUGUCGUUAUCUUAAUGAGAAUAGCAUGUCUAACAGUUGGACGUUUGUGUCCACUUUGUCUCUCUAUGAGGACAAAAAUAAAACUCUCUCUCUCUCUCUCUUUCUCUCUCGGUGUGAAGAGUCAUUGUCUGAGAUCUCGGCUCGGCGCUCUGAAUGAAUCCCUGAACAACAGCGGGGACUUUUUUUUAGAGAGAGUUUGGAUCUGUGUCCUCGGGGCGAGAACACUGUUAGCAGUCAUCACAUCAGUCUGCGUGGAGGAGUUUGUGCUGCUUUCUGUUUUCACUUCAGAGCGAGCUGCACCCACUGACUCCAAAUCAGAUUUCACCUCCACACGUUUACAGACGGAUCCUUUCAUCAUGACUUUUUACUUUUCAUCUGAGCGAGCUGCUCUCAACCCCGGCUCUAAAAAACAGCGAGAGAAAGAGACUUAUUAUGAGUGAAGGUAAUUAAUUUAGAAUUUAAAAGGACAAGUCAGUGACAAAUACUGUGUUACUGUGUUUUUAGCAGCUGAAGUCUUCUGUUUUGGAAAAAAGGAAACUUUUUUUAGUCUGUUUUUGCUGCUGAAAGUGAAGAAAUGCUAACCUUGAAACAAACUGAGCAUUAGCCUGUAAUUGAAUCAUCGUCAGCAACUCCAAAUCUGAGUCAACGGUUCUCAGCUGAAAUAAGGCACAGCUCCCGAAGACGUAAUAACUGUCUUAAAUUUUUUGACCUCUGAGCCAAUAACAGCUCGGCUAUCAGCCCCUCCUACUUUUUUUUUUAACUCAAAACUUCUAUAUCCUUUAUUUUUUUUGGUAAAAUUAUCUCUACACUUGUAUUUCUACAUCAGUAUUAACUUUAAACACACAGAAUCAGACACACUGCAGCUCAGCUCUCAGCCCCUCCUACUUUUUUUUUUGACUCAAAACUUCUAUAUCCUUUAUUUUUUUUGGUAAAAUUAUCUCUACACUUGUAUUUCUACAUCAUUAUUAACUUUAAACACACAGAAUCAGACUCACUGCAGCUCAGCUCUCAGCCCCUUCUGCUUUUUUGUAACUCAAAACGUCUAUAUUCUUUAUUUUUUUGGUUGCGUUAUCUCUCAAUAUGUGUUUCUGUGAUAUUAAUAACUUUUAACACACAGAAUCAGACUCACUGCAGCUCAGCUCUCAGCCCCUCCUACUUUUUCUAACUCAAAACUUCUAUAUCCUUUCUUUUUUUUUGGUAAAAUUAUCUUUACACUUGUAUUUCUACAUCAUUAUUAACUUUAAACACACAGAAUCAGACUCACUGCAGCUCAGCUCUCAGCCCCUCCUGCUUUUUUUUUACUUAAAGCUUAUUUUUUCUUUAUAAUUUUGGUUAACUUAUCUGUUAAUCUGUAUUUCUGUGUUGUUAAUAACUUUUAACCCACAGAAUCAGACUCACUGCAGCUCAGCUCUCAGCCCCUUCUGCUUUUUUUUAACUCAAAACUUCCUUAUUCUUGAUUAUUGUUGGAAAAAUGAUCUCUUUACCUGUAUUUUAGCGCAUUAAUAACUUUAAACACAAAGAAUCAGACUCACUGCUGCUCAGCUCUCAGACCCUUUACACAGUCUGUGUCUGCCAUUAAACAACAAAAGCAAAACUCUGAUUUUUAACCGGAUUCUGUUUCUUUAACUGUGUGAAUAUUUACUUUUUCAUUCACUGGAGCAGAGGAGACAUUGUUGGGAAAUCAAACUUUUAGUGAAAACUUCCAAAAAUGUCAGUGUCUGUUCGCCCGCAGCCCCCCACCACCACCAUCACAUGUCUGUUUUUAAUGAGAAACAUCUUUAUUCUGCAUAUUUCUCUACUUUCAUUAUUCCCACGCAGAAGAAGUGAAACAAUAGUGAGAAACACUUCCAGAACAAACUUUAAAAAAAACAAAAAAUGCAAAAAAUUUACCAGACAGAGCGAGGACCAGCUGAAGAUCUGUGACUUAAAUUAAAUCCAGUGAAAUAGAUUCAGACUCGGUCCACUGUAGUGAUCAUCCUCACUGUAAAGAUAACGAUAACACUGAGUCUACCUGCAGGUGCAGUUUGAUAACGGUCCUCAGGUGAGGCGGCGAAGCAUUCAUCAACGUCAGAGUCGACUCUAUAGGGGAGGAGAGAAAACACACACUCUCACACUGAGUACAUGUGUGUACAUGUGUGUGUGUGUCCCUGCCCAGUAGAAUAAGAGUUAAAAAUAGCCGAUGAUUGACUUUCGGUGAUUGAACUGACUCCCUGUCCACUCCCACAGCAGAUGGUUGUCACGACAAUAAAAUAACUGCUGCAACCGACCGACCGAAGUGCAGCAGGACAGGUGGAGAGAGAGAGAGAGAGAGAGAGAGAGAGUGUGUGAGUGUGAGUGUGCAUGAGGAUAUUAGAUCAUAUCUCAGCAGGUCCAGUCUUAUCAGAUCCCUCCAUGCAAACACGAGCUCCACUGUUCACUUCCUUCCCUUCAGGUCGGCCCUGAGUGUGUGUGUGUGUGGGGGGUGUGUAUUAGUGUGUCUGUGUGUGUGUGUGUGUGCGGGGGGUGUGUGUAGUUUGCGUAACAUCCUGUCGGGAUUCAGAUGUCCCCACAAGGACAGAGAGAUGUUCAGGGUGGUGACAUUUUAUCAGGGGGUCAGUUUUAGGUCACGGCAUGAAGAAGUGGAGCUGCAUUCAGGGGACGAGGAAUAAUCGGAAAUUAGACAUUCACACCGAAUGAAAAGGGAUUUUAUCAGGAGGAAUACAGACUGUUUUUUCUGACAUUAAUCAGCUGAACUUUGCAGAUAAAUUGACGUGAAGUAGAUUUCCUUUAAAGAAGCACACUGCGUUUUUCCUCAGUGUUAGAAAUGUACUGCAGGUGUGUCACAGUUCAGUGUUUUUACUUGUUUUAGUAUCACAGUUCUUACUAAUCCUCAAGUUCCCAAAAAUCUACAAAAUCUAAAGUCAAAUUUUCUGAGGGUAAAAAUAAACCAUGGUAUGUCAGAGGAAGUCAAAAGUAUUUUUCAGAUCUGAUGCAAAUUAAAGCAACUGAACAAAAAUCUGAAGAUAAAAACUAAAUUAAAAAGUUUCUGAAGAGUUCAUAAGUUGAAUUUUGACGUCUACAGAUACAAAUAUUGUCAGUUUUGUCACUAACGGUCUUUAGAUAUCAUGAAAAGACGUCAAAAUUAAUUUCAGUUUAUUUCAUAAAGAUGAAGAAACUCCUCAGUGAAGCUUUAAGAGAAAAAUUCAGAUCAGUUUGAACUCAACUUCUGUCUCAAAUCAGUUCUCACUCUCCACACACACACACACACACACACACACACACACACACACACACUGUACCAUCAUCCUUCCUCUCUUUACACACACACACACACACACACACACACACACACACACCAAAACGAGUACGGCGAGCGCACCAGAAGAACUUUAGUCAGUGCACUAAACAUUAAAUCAAGAAUCUGAAGGGCAGAAGCUGUUCUUAAAGCAGGUCUCUGAUUGGUGGAUGUAAACAUACUGUGUGUGUGUGUGUGUGUGUGUGUGUGUGUGGGUGUGAAUGUGUGUGUGUGGGAGUCACUAGUGUAUAAUGAAGUUUCACCGUUUUUGACGUCAUGUCUUUGGUUGUUUCAAACUCUGCAGAAGCCAAAAGCUGAUCAGACCGAGGACGUUCUGCUUUCCUCAGGUUUCUCUUAAAGACAAACACCUGAGUCAACACACCCAUUUUUAUAAAAACACACACACACACACACACACACACACACACACACUCAUUUUUAUAAACACACAAACACACACAUACACACACACACACACACACACACACGAGACACGAGCGGGCUCAGAUCGACGCCCUGAUACCGCCGAACGCACACAGAGUUGCACUCCUGCUCACACUUGACACGAUUUACUGGAAUCCAUUAAAAGUGAAUUUACAUAAUACUGUCUCUGCUUAACCGCCUCUGCGGGGACUCAUCGCACACACACACAAACAGACUUACACACAUGCAAACGCACACAUACACACACACACAGACUCACAGGCAUGUAUACUGCAGUGUGGGUGACCUUGCAGCAGCAGCAGCAGCAGCGUCAGAGCAGAACAACCUGUAUGGAUUUAGUGCGAGCGCAGCCAGAACACACAUUAGAGCUCUAAUUAAGACCCUUCGUCUCCAUAUGCGCUGGUCUGAGAUCAGCUGUCAGGCGCCAGCUGGCGAGGAUAUUUAUGGUUAGAGACACUAACAAAUGCUGCUUUCAGGAGAUCAACAGACGGCUCCUCUGACACAAACCAACCAAAGUCUUUGUUUUCUCUUUUUAUGUCACUGUCGCUCCAGGAGGCUGUCGGCCAGAUUCACACGUUUAUAUAACAGUAGAGGGAGGUCAGAGGUCAACGCCGACCCAGGAGACACCUGAGCAGGAGCGCAGUCAGAGAAAACAUCUUAGGGUUCAUGUUGAGAUGAACAUUUUUACAGCAGAGAGAGAGAAACGUGUCUUCAGAGUCGCUCAUUAAAAUAAAUCAUAAAACUCUUAAAGUCGACACCCGGACCUGUCUUUGUUAAUAGAACCCAAAAUAUGAGUCGUCUUUAAAAAAAUCACAUUAGUGGUUUAACAAACACUUAAGUCCAUUAAAAUAUCGACAUAUAGAUACACAUUUAAAAAAAUUGGAAAAAUGCAAGUUUAUUUAAAAUAUGACAAUUUAAAAAAAACAAAAUAUUAAAUUUUUUCAAUUUGAAUAAUGCCAAUAAUUAUUUUAUUUUUUUAGCUGAGGGAUGAUCAGUCUCAACGAUUAGCAACAAUUAUCAUUUUGAUGGUUAAUAUCUUUAUUUUUUUGUAAUUGUAUAAAAAAAUAAUUAAAAACCACAUAAGUGCACAAAAAUACAUUUUUUUUUGUAUCUGUAAAUGUUGACAUGUUAAAAAUGUAUGUAAAAUAUAUAUAUAUUAAUUUUUAAUUUUUUUGUCCUGAACUCCUGUCCUCUUAAUAUUAUGAAAAUGUGAUUUCAUUUUCAUAAUUUAACCCUUUAUAUGUCAGUUUUAUUCAAAAUAUGUCAAUCUAAGAACACUGUCUGUUCAGAGUGGCUUUUGAACGCAGCAUGUCGUCCAUCUUUGAAGGAAAACAUCCCUGUGUGAAUUAAUGAGGUCGAGAGUGUGAUGUGAUGGUCAGGUUACGCAGAGAGGACUGUGCUGCUUCAGAUGACCGGAUGGACUUUAAUCUGGAUCUUAAAGUUAGUUUCUUCAGUUUAUGAACGUGUCAAAUCUAAACUUUGAUUUCUCUGUUUGGUAAACACAGAAGAACUCAAACAUGGACCUGAAGGAGUCGGGUUUAGAACCGUGGGACCAUUUCAGAGACUUUGAGAAAAUUUGGGGAAACUUUUAGUUUUUCUCUGAAUUUCAGGAACGAAAAUUUAAUUCCGGAGAAAUGUCAGCGUGUGGGAACCGAAAACCACACAAACUCAAAUCUAUUGUCUCUGUUUCUGGUUCUGUUUCUGUUGAGCGUCUGUUUCCAAUCGGACUUUAACACUCUCUGUUUUAACCGUCUGUGUUCGCAGGUCUGACGACAGAAGGACUGUACCGUGUCAGUGGGAACAAGACGGACCAGGACAACAUCCAGAAACAGUUUGAUCAAGGUGAAGCCCUCACACACACACACACACACACACACACACACACACACCUGCACAGAGCCUCAUAAAGACACACUCAGGAGGGGGACACACGAGGACUCGGGUUUCAAAGCCCCGAGGUCGCUGGUUCUCGUUAUUUUCACACAUCAUGACUCUAAAUUAUUCUCCCACAGACUCCAAAUUGUGCCGUUUAAGAUCUCGGCUCGGUGUGUUUCUAAUCGAGCAGCUUUUGUGGAAUAAAUUUGACCUGCAGAGAAAGUCCACAGCCGAGCGACCAGCUUAAAGAGAAACACAUGCCCCCGUGGAGCUCCGAGAAACCGGCACCAGAGCCGCUGAGCUGCCAAACGGGCCGUUAGAGUAAACGCAGUCACCACAGACACACUUACACACACAGACACACACACACACAGACACACACUCAGCCGGGUCAGUCAUGGAGGCUGGAGCGGGUCUGUUUCUUCAGGCCUCUCCGUCUUUAAAUGUGAUCAAUCUUUGAGGUCAGAGGUCAGAUUAACAGCCUCACUGAGCGCGUGCGAAGUUUGGAGAGUCUGAGCUGAAUGUCUGUGAAAUGAUGUUACUACAAAAACACACGUCAUUCACAGCUCGGACUUCUGACUUCUGAGGAAACUCGAACGCAGCAUAAAUCUGUUUAAAGGGUUAUUCUGUACUUGUUCAAACCUCCAUGUUUGUAGUUUUUUUGUAUUUCUGUGUUUUAACCUGAGAAAGAUUCAGGUUAGUGACCUUCUAUUACUCCAGACUGCAGUUUGAAAACAGGCUGAGAGCGCUGUGUAAUAAUCCUCAAUCAGAGUCCUUUCAUUCAGAACACUGACUCUUUCCUCUGUAAAUUAUAUCCUCAUUUUAUCAUGUUUGGUCCUAAAAACUCAGACGACCUUUUUACCUGCUAACUCUGUAAAUGAAUCUGAGCUGCUGUGACUCAUGAAAAAGUAGAGAAAACUGCGCCGGACGCCGUGGAGCUGAAAAUCUUGAGGAAUAACCACCUGGAGGUGACGUCUCUCGACUCUAAAAACAAUCAUUUAUGGAUUUAAAAAAAGUUCAGUUUUAAAAUCUGAAUCUCUGGAUGAUAUCAGAGGUUAAAGUCAAACACAGCUGAAGGUCUGAGGUUGGACUGGACUCUCCUGUGAACUUGCUCUUCCUCUGCGUCGUCCAUGUUCACUCCUCCUCCUCCUCCUCCUCCUCUUCGUCUGUAUCUCUAAUUGAAAGACGAUCAUCCCGGUUAAUUAGCCGCCAUGUUCCUUUAAACGGCGGUGGUUAAAACGUUAAAGGGAUUAACUGGGUAAUGAUUCAGGGUCAGUCCUGGUUCUGCUUCAUUAACAGGUUUUAGUUUAUUAAUAAACUUCAUUAAGUCACAGGUUUCCUCUCCUCUCUCUCUCUCUCUCUCUCUCUCUCUCUCUCUCUCUCUCUCUCUCUCUCUCUCUCUCUCUCUCUCUCUCUCUCUCUCUCCUCCCUCUCUCUCUCUCUCUCUCUCUCCGUCCUACUUUUUCUCACACGUUCGUUUCCUGUUGUUUGUGUCUCUCUGCUUAUUGCCCUCCUUCUAUCUCCUUAUUUCCUUGAGAGUAUUUCUGGUGAACUGUGUGUGUGUGUGUGUGUGUGUGUGUGUGUGUGUGUGUGUGUGUGUGUGUGUGUUGUUGGCAGUCGCUCAGAUUCAGGGUGACAGCUGUCGUGUUUCCUCAGGGCUCUGUCCUCCUUCUCCUCUCCCUCCCUCUCUCUUUCUCUCCUUCCUGUCGUCAUCGUUCGGCCGAUCAGCUGAUCUGUAUUUGUCGUUUGAUUUUUUUCUUCAAUCUUUAAUAAUAAAACCUUUUCUCUGUGUUCGAGGGAGUUUCAGGGUCGUAGUAUCUGCAGCAGACAGAUGAUUGUGAAUCCACUCGCCAAAUUAACCGUCCAAAAUAAACUAUCAGACUAACAUGUAAAUAUAUCCCUUUAAGACUGGAGGUUAUCUUUGGUUUAGUUUGAGUUUCAGGUUUAAUAAACACGACCCUGACCUCGGUACGGCGUGGAUAAAGAUCUCCGCCCCUUUGUUUCCCCUCUCCUCGAUCACUCUCGGUCUCCUGGACCUCCCCUCGCCUCCUGACAGAGAAGAAAAAUGGUUGUUUGAACUGGAAGUGUCUUCUCUCCUUCCCUGCUGCUCCAUCAGAGACACACUCAGGCCUCUGUGUCUGCAGACAGACUGAUGAUAACCUCUGUUAGCUCUGAUCAGAGAGACGCUCUGUUCUCCUCAUCAGACACAAAGCGCCGCUGUGAGCUCUGCCGCCGCCGCCGCUCCUCACAACCUCUUUGAUUUCCUCGCAAACUCAGGGAAACCCCGAUCGGCUUUUAGCUCCGAGGUCUGAAACUCAGCUGGUUCUACUGUAACAUGACUGUAAACGGGAUUUAGUCAGAGCUCAGGUUUGAGUCUCUCUGUGGAGUUCAAAAGUAAAAAACUGCAGUUCCUCAAGUGUCCAGUGGAGGCAGGCUGCUAAAGUCGAGGAGUCUUCACAGGCAAAUGAUUUCUGCCUGAAUCUGAAAAUGAACUUCGAUCUUCUUCUCUGUCUCUCUCUGUAGAUCACAGUAUCGACUUCAUCGCCAUGGACGUGGCGGUGAACGCCGCCGCCGGAGCUCUGAAGGCUUUCUUCGCCGACCUGCCCGACCCGCUGAUCCCCUACAGUCUGCACCCGGAGCUGGUGGAGGCCGCAAGUAAGGAUUAACACACUGACACACAAACCGCUGAGAAACUGGAGUUUCUGUUUGGAGGUCGUCUUAAUCCAGAGGGGGAGGUCUUACAUGAACCUUUAAGAGGUCCGAGACCCCCUCCUCAGUCCUCCUGACGUAAACCUUCUCUUGAACCCUCUUUUAGUGUCAAAAACACACAAAAACUCGUCCCUGUCCCAGAUUUGUAAACAUGAAUCUGUCUGAUCACCUGACCGUAGAGGUCGUUGGUUCGACUCCCGUCCUCAAAACUCUCUUCUACUGAGAGUCUCUGAUCAGAGAUUUUAGGACCAGUUCUGUUUUCAGCAGAACAGAGACUGGAGUGAAAAUAGAGCGCAGGUUUAACCGUCUCUAAAUUUAGACUCUGAUGAGGAUCUGUCGUCCCAGACAGCGAGUCUUCCUCUGCCUGUUUUUGGAGUAAAGCGUCCCGGCUUUGAGACGUGCUGGGUCUGAUUAAAAACAGAGAAAUCCACUUAGACGGUCGGGUAAUUAGAGAGAGAGAGAGAGAGAGAGAGAGAGAGAGAGAGAGAGAGAGAGAGAGAGAGAGAGAGAGGGAGAGAGAGAGAGAGAGAGGGAGGAUGUUAGAGCUCAGAGGGUUCGAGGAGGUUAAUGAGUCUGAAGGAUGAAAACGACGAAUAAACGCUGAGAUUCAAACUGAAGAAAAAGGUUUAAAAGAAAAUAUCGUUAAAAAAAGAGGAAAAACUGAGAAUGAGACACACAAAUACACACAAACACACACACACACACACACACACAUUAUAACGAGCGUCUUCAAAAUUCGAGGAGGAAGCGGAAAGUUCUUGUUCUUCUUCUCCGAGUGGAAAACAAACAGCAGACUCUUCUUCUUCUUCUUCUUCUUCCAACCUCACAGGGACGAGUUUGGACCCAGGAUUCUGGUUCAGAUCAGUCCCAGUCCCAGAGUCAGCGUUUCUCAUCAGAUUGUGGAUUAACAGUUUGAUGUCAGCUGUUGUAAUCUGAGUUUAAUUUAACCUGAGAGUGAAAACAGCUCCUGUGUGAGGAGGAGGUCAUGGAGCUGCUGUAGAUUAGGACAGACUGAUGAUGAUGAUGAUCGCGGCUGAUAUUCAGCGUUCGGCUGGUUAUUAUCAGCUGUUUAAAGUGUGAUUAUUAUCACAACUAUCAAACAUGAUUAGUCAGGAUCUGACAUCUAAAUUCAAACAUCAAUUCUUCACUUUAGGAGCUUUGAUUCAGAAUCAGAUUCACUUCAUUUUGGUGAUAAUUAUCCUCAAUCAAUAAAUGAAGGUUUCUGUGUUUCGUUGACUUCUCAGAGUUCAUUAAUUAUCAGUAAUGAACUUUUCCUGAUGCAGCAGGAUUAAAAAAAACAAGCAAAGUUUAUUUACACAUAAAAACACAAACUGUUCUGAUUUGUCGACUUUGACUUUCCUGACGUCGAGUCCUCGUGUUCGGCCUUUUCACACAAACAGACAAACAAACUGAGUCUUUAGUUAAUUAUUCAUCAGGUUGAUCUUCGUUAUCUGAGGUUUUCUGGACAAACGGAGCUCUGACAGAGUUCUGCAUCAGAACCAUCCUGGUGUUUUUUUGAAGGUUUGACGUUCAGAGUUAUGUAAUGGAGAAAAACUGGAGGACUGACAUCAGACUUUAAAUCUGAGAGUAUUUCUCUAAGAUCUCCUCGUCGUCAGAUCUGUCUGUGGUUUCUGGAGAGUCAGUCGAGCGCUGAAGUCGUCAGUGUGUUUGUGCAGAGCGGGGAAGAAUUUGAUGAGGUUCUGGUCGAGUUCUGAUCCAGAAGCUGUUCCUGUUUGUGACGCAGAGACUGAAGCUGGAGCUGCUGAGAAACAAACAGAUGAAACAGAAUCAAAAAUCACUGCAGAGAAAAACUUCAGACCAGAGAGACCCGAGGGUCUUCAGGGUCUUCAGGGUCCAGGACUCUCUGCUCUUCGCUUUAGUAUCUUAUCAGAGUCUGAUCCGGUUUAUUAAAAUGGAUCCAGUCCUUGUUUUUUUUCUACAUGAUCAACGUUCUAGAGCAGCGAGCACUCCUGACCUUCGACCUCACGCAGCCGUUAGAGGUCUGAAGGUUCCUGUCGGCUCCUCGUUAAGAUGAUUGAUGAUCAGAGGAGGAACAGAUCUGGGAACAUUCAAGGGCUUUAAACCAGGUCCUGGAAAGUCCUGGAGAAACCGCGGCAGGAUGUCCUGGAGAAUCUUCCAGGCUGGUGGGUCAGGGUUCGUGUUGAAGCGUCUUUGUUUUGACAAUCCAGAGGAAGAAGUCGGCGUUUCAUAUCUGCUCUGUAAAUAUUUAAUGACAGAAUAAACGAGCGCGGCGUUUCAGCUCCAACGGGCUCUCGCCGGCGGGAACGUGACGGAAUCUCAGGAGAGGAAGAGGAGGAGGAGGAGGAGGAGGAGGAGCACUGACAGGAGGCUUUUCAGGAAAACAGUCUGAUCCACGUCUGUUUGUGUUUCGUCAGUUUGAGUCGGCGGUUUUUACGCUCCGUCAGUCCUCGUCGGUUUUUAGUUUUUAACGUUUUUACAGAUUUAAAAACACGAUUGAACUCUGAUGAUUCCACUGAAAUAGUUUUAUCUCUAGACAACAUAAAACACCAGGAUUAGAUUUUUUUACUUUCAUUUAAGACAAAAAUAAAGUUUUCUGCUGGUUUUUGUGUCUCACAGCUGAGUCACCUAAUAAAAUAUUAAUAAAAACUCAAAAUAAAGAAGCUUCAUACGACAGAGUGAUAAGAAAAAAACAUGAAGUCAUAAUAAAAUCAUGACUUACAAGAAAAAAAGUCAAAAUAAAGUCAUUACGACGACUCAGUAAAUGACUUUAAUCUCAAAGUCUCGUAUCUCAUUUUUCAAGGACUGGAUUAAAAAAAAGAUUAAAGCUCCUGUGAGGAGUUUUCAGACAGUUAUGACUUCAUGAUAUAUAUAUAUUUUAAUAACAAAAACAGAAGACUCGAUUUAUGAAAACAAUAGAUAUUCCAAAAACAGAUUCAUGAGAUCCUUUAAAGUCAGCAGAAGGAGAUUCUCUUUUUGAGCAUUUGGUGAAAUUACUUAGUAAAGACUGUUUUUGUCCACAGGGGGCGCCAAAGGUUUCUUAGGCUAUGUUCAGACUGCAGGUCAAUUCCAAUUUUUUAACCAUAUGUGACACAUAUCUGACUUUUGUUUGUUUGCACAGAUUCUCUGAUUUUUUUCCACGUCUUUAAGGACUGGAUAAAAAAAAAAUGAUUAAAGCUCCAGUGAGGAGUUUUUGGACAGUUUUUUUUUUUUUUACUUACAAAAGUAGAAGACAGUCAGCAGGAGGAGAUUCUCAAUUUAAGCAUUUGGUGAAAUUACUAAGUAAAGACUGUUUUGACCACGAGGGGGCGCCAAAAGUUAAUAAGAGGAGCUUUAAAGUCAGGUGAAUAAAAAUCUGUUGGUCUUCAGUGAUGAAGAUUGAUCCUCAUCAGGGACUCUAAAGAUCCUCAGACAGAGGAGGACUUCCUGCUCUUAGAGGAAGUUCUCAGUGUUUAGAUUCAGCUGUUAGAGCGCCCCCUGUCUGUUGGAGCUGCUGCUGUCACACUCAGAUACUCGGUUUAUUCUCUCAGUCUGAUAAAUAAGACGUGAUGCUGCCUCCGAUCCCCUCUGCCCACAGAGCUGCCGGGUCACUGCGAGUGUGUGUGUGUAUAUGUGUGUGUGUGUGUGUGCGUGUGUGUGUGUGUUUAUGCGUGCGUGCGUGUGCACAGCGUGGGAGUUUCUCUUGGCAGCGUCUCUUCCUUUUGUUUUUCCUGAGAGGAUAAUUUCCGUUCCCAGGAGAGAGAGAGUGUAAAAUCUAAAACGCCUUCUGUCUUCUCUCUCCCCUGUGUGUGUGUGUGUGUGUGUGUGUGUGUGUGUGUGUGUGUGUGUGUGUGUGUGUGUGUGUGUGUGUGUGUCAGAAAUCGUGGACUACAUCGAGCGUCUGCUGGUUCUGCGGGAGAUCGUGAAGAAGUUUCCUCCUGUGAACUACCAGGUCUUCAAGUACAUCAUCACACACCUCAACAGGUGAGAGGACACACACACACACACACACACACACACACACACACACACACACACACAGAGUCCUGAUGUUCAGAUCUCCCUGAUGUCAGUGAACGCACCACAGCAGGAAACUUCACUUCAGCUUAAAGAGCGACAUCUGAUCCUCCGCAGGACGCCAACGAUCCGGUCUGAACCAGAGACCUGAUCCACAUCAGAGAGUCACAGCAGCUAGACCAGAUCCUUCAGGUCUCUGUUAGAGUCAGACUCAGAUUUUAAAGGGUCAGUCCGCUGUUUUUAUUUCACUGGUCCAGGUUUAGCUGAAGCAGGAGAAGUUCUAAACUCAGUCUGGAUGUGGACGUUUGAUCUGAGUCCAGGAUUACACAGGGUCUGUAAUCUUAGACUCUUGGUGGUCCAGUAGAAACCCCCUGUCCUCAGUUUAGCUGGAUGGUGUGUUAGUGAUGGCGUGAUAGCGACAGGAAACAUCAUCAGUCCAAUCGAAGCGUCACUCCUCAUCAGUUAUUGAUGAAAACAUCGAUCAGCUGUCGUUCUGUAAACACUGACUGAUGCUCCGGCGCCGUUUUCAUCACAGCUGACAGAUGACAUCAACUCAAACACUCACAGGGUUCAGGUUCUGGUUCAGGUUUGGACCUGGAUUCAUGAAGAUUCAGGUUAGUCCAGGUUCAGAAGGGCUGUGAGCUGAGCUGCUGACUGGGCCUCAGAUUUCUCGUCUCAUGACUCUGAUCGAAGAGUCAAAGGCGUCAGUUCCACUCCCAGUUCCUGAGCUCAACUGAACUGGGAAAUGAACGAAUCAGGUCUCGAAGUGAUUCGUUCAUUCAGCAGUUCAGUUCUUUUGAACGAAUCGUUCAUGAACGACGCUAAAGCCCUCCCUCCUCUGCCUGACUCAAGUCGUUCGGAAGUCGUUCGUUUCGUUCACUGACUGAUGCGUGUCGUUCAUUCGCUGUGAGCAAAUCAUGAGACUCCGCCCACCUGCUCGCUCACUCACUUAGCUGGCUGUGUGUCGUUCGCCAAAGAGUCAAAGGCGGCAGUUCCACUCCCGACCGACAUGCGAGGCUUGCGGCUGAGAAAUGAACGAAUCAGGUCUCAAAGUGAUUCGUUCACUCAGCAGUUCGAUUCUUUUGAACAAAUCGUUCAUGAACGACGCUAAACCCCUCCCUCCUCUGCCUGACUCAAGUCGUUCGGAAAUCGUUCGUUUCCUUCACAGACUGAAACAUGUCGUUCAUUCACUGUGAGCAAAUCAUGAGACUCCGCCCACUCCGCUCGCUCACUCACUAGCUAGCUGUGUGUCGUUCACCAGAGUCAAAGGCAGCAGUUCCACUCCCGACCGACACGCCAGGCUUGCGACUGAGAAAUGAACGAAUCACUCAGCAGCUCGUUUCUUUUGAACGAAUCGUUCAUGAACUACACUCGAGCAGAGCGGUCCGGUUCAGGUCUGAGACAGAAACUGAUGUUUAAAUCUUUAGUUUUCCUUCAUUUUGACAUAAAAACCUCUCGAACCUUUAGUGUCUGAUGUCAUGACCAUUUCCUGUUUCCUGUUUCCUGUCUCCAGGGUCAGCCAGCACAACAAGACCACCCUGAUGACGGCCGAUAACCUCUCCAUCUGCUUCUGGCCCACGCUGAUGCGCCCCGACUUCGAGAACAAAGACACGCUGUCCACCACCAAGCUGAACCAGGCCGUCAUCGAGUCCUUCAUCGUGCAGAGCGACUACUUCUUCCACGGCGGCGAGGUGGCCGAGAGCUCCAGCAGCGAGGGCACGCCGCCGCCGCACUGCCACAACAUGGUGGAGGCUCUCCUGCCGCUGCAGCUGCCCCCGCCUCUGCAGCCGCAGCAGAUCCAGCACACCCUCCACCCCGACCCGCUCAUCUGAGGAGAGGCCGAGGAGCAUGCUGGGAAAAAAAAAGAGACGUCUGGGUUGUUUGCGGCCGCCGCUGGAGCGCCGUCUCUGAACGCUGAGAAUCAAAAUCAAACAAACCCGGACGGACGGAGAAUUUAGGGACGAGCUCAGAGACACGACGAGCGUUUGUCGGAUUACAGCGAAUCUGUGAGAUCGGGGAAAAUCCCGGAUUAGAGAACCAACAAUCGGACGCCACCUUUGGAACUAAUUUCUCGCCCUUUUGACGACACGACGGAGGCGAACCGAUUCGAUUUGGCACAUAGCGACGAGACUAAUCUGGAGAGGGAGUCCAAUCACCUUCCUCUCGCUUUAACCUGAUGGAAGAGCACACACGCCUCCCUGAAGCCCCGCCCACACACCAUAAAAGGGAAGUUCGCCGCCGUGACUGCAGCUCAGAACGGAAACCCCGGACUGUGACGGACUGACGGACGCCUGAGACUGACGGACCGUUUACUGACAGACCCACAUCUCAGCACGUGAAACAUUUCCUCUUCCUCCUCCUCGCCUUCUUCUCUUCUUCUUCUUCUUCUUCUUCUUCUUCUUCUUCUUCUUCUUCUUCUUCUUCUUCUCUUUUCCUCGACCUUUCGCCCUGAAUCGGAACGACUCGCUCGCUCUCCCUGACGCUGCGUUCAGGACCUCGCUGAGACACAAACCUGGAUUACUAUUUUUGGCAGCGGGGCGGCGGCGGCGGGGUUUCCUCUUAACUGAACUGUGACUAACCCGUGACCUUUGACCCCUCCUUACGGACAGCACAUGCACGAUUUUUGUCUCGCCAAUUUCACGUCUUUUUUGUUUUUGUCGUUUCAGUUUUUAUCAUUUUUUAAGUUCUUUUUGUAACGUCUCAUUUCUACCCUGACUGUGUGUCUGUGUGCGUGACGAUGAUGAUGAUGAUGAUGGCGUUGAUGAUGAUGAUGAUGAUGAUGUGUGCGAGCUGACCUGACAGUCGGCCUGAACCUUCUCCGCAGAGGGAGCGAUGGAUCCACGAGGGAAUAGCGAACUCUUUAACGAGAGAAUCGGACUUUUACAGACUCUAAAUGCAAACCACUCCGGAGGUCGGCCCCGCCCCCCUCGCCUCGCCUCGCCGCAGGGACGACCUCCGACCCCCUCCGUGACGGCACAUGAGUGAGGAAAACCACUCCGUCUGUUCCCGUGGAGGACGCGCGUCUUCCGUGUCGACCUAACUUCCUGUCCUCGGUUCGUCUCAUCUCUGUUUCGGUUUGUCGGGAACUAAACUUGCAUGUCUCUGAAAAAAACGGAAAAAAAACACGAACUUUUAACGUUAAAAAACAAAAAAACAACGAAGAAGAAGAAACGAAAACGUAGAAACUGUAAAGGAGCUCCUGUUCACACCUGCAUCCUGUUUUUUUUUUUUCUUUUCAUGGAAGAAAAUCGACUCUUAAUAUCAUAUUUUUGGUUAAAUGUCAAAUAGAUUUUUCCCUAAAUAGAGGAAAGAAGUUUAUAAAAGUAUAAAUAUUAUAAAUAUAUAAAAAUGUAUCAGCAGCAGCAGCCGCAGAGUUUGCUGAUUUAGUGAAAUACCACGGGGUACUGGACUGUAUAACCGUCAGAAUCUAUAAUCAUAUUUCUGUGUGACUCUGAGAACCAGAGAGAGAGUGUGUGUGUGUGUGUGUGUGUGUGUGUGUGUGUGUGUGUGUGUGUGUGUGUGUGUGUGUGUGUUUGACAGAGACAGGUUGUUUCUAAUCCCCUUCAGUCCACCAGGAAGACCAGAUCACGAACUCCUCAUCGCUGUCUCCAUCGGCGACACUUCGAGGUCGAACGAGAGCGUCAGAAAGUCAGACAGACGUUUUUGUUUCUCUAAGGCGACGUUCACACUGCGGGUUAUGACGCUAAAAAAGAUCGGAUUUUUUGUUAAAUCCGAUCUUUUUGUGCGGUCGUUCACAUUACAACAACGAAUGCGGCAUCUAAUGUCUUUCCACGCAUGUUUGUGUUGUCGAACAAUGGUGACGUUUGUCGCAUAUUGAUGACGUAAAGGUCGGAUGAACGCGACCUGAGCGUCCACACUGCAGUCACAUCGGAUACAUAUCUGAUUUAUAUCCACAUACAGAAGAGGCCUGGGAGGAUCAGAACCAAUCAGAACUGACCUGUUCACACUUCGAUGAAAACAUCAGAUAUGAGUCACAGAUGGUUAAAAAAUCUGAACUGACCUGCAGGGUGAACACAGACUAAGAGGACGAAUCAUCGAGGAGUUUUUUUGAGUUUUUCCGAUUUUUCUCUAAAACUAAAACCUUCAGCUGCAGGAUAAAGACUAACCCCCGAUCUCCACCUUCAUCCUGAUCGUCUCCUAAAAGGCCGUAUCCUCCGAUCGUAGCUGAUCGUAAACAUUCAAGUUAACGUGUCAAUUUACACCGAUUUUCCGCCGGACUCCGCAGUGAAAGGUUUUUAGACGUCAUUUCACCCCAUAGAUGACCCCAUGGAUGAGCAGAUGCUGAUUCUAGAAGUCUAGAAGUAGAUUUCCUCCUCUGGAAGGACACAAUCUACUGCUUAUAUGUCUAUGUGUCUGUCUUUAGAGAGACAACUCGUUACCACACGAUUGAACGUGAAUCUGCGGGUGCUUGUGAGUUCUCGCUCUGUCCGUAAACCACCACGAAAUUCGCCUCACCAACAGAUUCAGCAGGAAUUGGCGUAUGGCGAAAAUCGCCGUUCCGGAUGUGAUGGAAAUUCAAGGUUAGAAACAGUCGAAAAGUUUUAACACUAACUUUAUUUGUGAUUUUUAAAGUUCACUACAGUCUGGACGCUCUUCUACUAAGAGUUUUUACCGUUUGACUCUAAUUUACGAGGAUUUAACUCGUCUCUAAAACCUGGAAAUCAACUAAAGAUCCUUUCAGUAUUUAAAUCGAGUCACUGAUUCACAAACGAUCGAUCGAUUAAUCGAGUUAUUAAAACCCCUUAAACUCCAGACAAACAGGUUUAAACUUCACUGAGAGGAUGAAUAUAAAUAUUUUUAACUCUGCACAGAAGAAGCAGAAAGAAACUGUGAAAUCAUGAUUUUAAAUUCAGCAGUUUAAGUCUGAUUUUGAUGCUUUUAUUGUGAAAAUCUCUGAAGUAAUCGGCACUCUUAGACGACGAAGAUGAAACCCCACAGACUCGUCCAGGUUUCUGCAGAUCUGACUCCCUCAGUUUGGACUCUAUCCUGGUCCCAUGAGUCCGGCUCACAUAUCAGGACUUAGUGUGUUUGUGGGUCUGAAAACGACGACGGUAGAUUCCUCCUCCUCCUCCUCUCUGCUCCUCUUGUUUCCUCUCCUCCUCCUCCUCUCUGCUCUUCUUCCUCCUCGCCCUGUCGGAGACGUUAGCGUCCAGAUUCACAGCUCGUCUCUAAAAAGCCGUUUUCAUUUAUAAUUGACACGCUUUCACGAACGUCCCCGGUGAUGUGACCUCGGGCACUUCUCCUCUCUCCUCCCCUCCUAUCUCCUCAUUCCUCCUCCUGCUUUUGACCUGGAAAACAGUCCUGCAGUUUCGAAGAAGGAAAUCUGGUUUCUUUGAGCGAGUCUGAAAAUAAAAGAGGUGCACGUGUGAGUAAAAGAGGUUUCAGUUUGAAGAAGAAGAAGAAGACGUCGUCGUUUUUAGGAGGGAGGGACUAAAGCACAAGGAAAGUAGACGAGGGAGGAGUCAAGGAUCAAAUCUGUGAGAGCGUUUCUGUCCGAGGUGAGGUUCGAUGAAAGUCAGCGAUGAGAGACGAAACAAAACAGACAAAUGUCAAACAGGGGGUGUGUCCCAUUCCAGAGGAGUGUCUCCUGUGUCCUUACUUUCUAAAUUUGUGUCCAGAUCAGGGUCAAAGAGGACCAUCUUUGUUGGAGUUCUUUGAAGAGUUUGUAGGAAACAUGAAAAGGUCGCUCUGAAGGAGACUAAAACCUGGACAAGGACCAGGUUUAGUGUCCUCCAAAGGAGACACGUGUCUGGAAGGGGACUCUCUGCUGACGAAGGAGAAAUCUGUUUUCUUCCAGGACGUGAAAAAGUGGGUACGGGUCGAGUCAAGGGGGAUAAAUAUCCGGAAUGGAAUUCAGCCAAAAGUCCAUUUGAAGGUUUGGUGAUGUUGGACUGAAGGGGACGGUGAAGGGCACAUAGAAGGGAGUGGAACAGAGCCAACAGCAUCCUGGUCUCCGAGCUCGAGUUUCUUUUUUUUAGGGGGUGGGGGUGAGGGUGGGGUGAGGGUGGGGGGGUCCAGCAGCUGCUAGAUGAUAAAGAUGAAGCUGUCCGUCUGUAGUUUCCUCAUCAAUCAAUCGAUCAAUCAAGUUUUCUUUCUCUGUUUCUCAUCCUGUCGAUAAGAUUUCUCUCUCAUGGCGUCACUCCGGUGUACAAACCAUCUGACUCCUAACGUCAUCCGCUCUGUAUUAUAGUAAAUAAAAACGAUUUUCAGAAAUGAACCUCUACAAAACUCGCUUCUCUGUUUCCUCUCCAUCAUGUUUCCGAAUAAAGUUUCUUUUUUCCAAAAA